AUGGGGACAAAUAGGGGGUUAUGGAUAUGUAUAGGGGGCCUCCUGAUGAUACUUGCCUGUGUUCAAGGUGAGUACUAAGUGGUAAAAACAACCUAAUUACGGGGGAAAUUCUGGAGCAAGGAAGCAUCUAAUAACCUAUAUAAUAAGCAUGUUAUGUUUUGUUGAAAUUAAAUUAAGAACUACUUGUAAUUUUCUUUAUAGCUUGUGUUAUAGUAUUAUAGCUGUAAAAUCGUCUUCAUGCUUGAGGGUGGAUGUUUUCAGUGUAGUGAUUCCGAACAUAGUGGAAAACCCUUAUCUUUAUGUUUGACUCUAAUGAUCAUGAUGUGUCUGUGUACAUUUUCCUUUUCAAUAAUUGCUUGCCAUGUUUACUUGUAUCAUAUUUUUAGGUGCAACUCACCCAAACAAUACUAAUUCUGGUGAAAUUCCAUAUUCAUCAUUAGGGAAAAUAAAAAAUAUUUAAACAUAUUUAGAGUAAAAAAUUACUUUCAUUAUUAAAUAUUUCUCUAGUAAUUUACUAUUCAAUGGACUAGUAUAUGUUUUGGAUGCCCCAUGGUAAUUAUAUUUUAUUUAGUAAACCUGUAAUUGUAGAUAAUUGAGAAAGGGAAUGCAAAUAUUAGGCCAAAUUGGUAAAAUAACUCAAUUAAUUUUGUAUGAGUGCAGGAGUGUCUUGGCAUCUUACUUUUCGUGGUUAAAACAUUUUAAACUGUUUUAAACGUCAGAGCCAGACCUUCAGCACCUACUCCUGGCUCUCCUCGCAGCCUUUCUUGUUUUGACAGUGAUAGGCUGAGAGGAGAGGAAGGAAAUUAGAGGGACAUCUGUGUCAGUCAGAGAACCAACAUCUGGGUUAAAUCCAUAACAAUUUCAAAGAGCCUCCGUAACAACUUCAAUAAGGGGAAAUUGUUACUGAGGUGGGAGUUUUCCUGUAAAUUGCAGAUUUUUUUUCCACUUUGGUAUUUUGUCCUAAAAUUGGCAAUUCUGUGGGCAUUCUUCACAAUUUCUGGUUUAGUGAAUACAUUUGUAUAUUCCUUGUGUAUUAUUAGUUUGAAAUUAUAUUGUUUCUCUAACAUAAACCUCUUUGUCAUUAGGAUGCAAAAUAAAAAUUUACAGAGAUUCCAACAUGACAAAAAUUAGAAUACUUUUUAGUGAUGGACAAUGCAAUAGAAAUAUGGAGAUUGUUGACUAAGGCAUACUAUAAAGAUUGAUGAAAUAAUUGGCUGAUCCUUCUCAACCACAGAUGACAAUGAUAUUUCUUGCUGCUCUAUGCCAUACGAGUAUCCCAGAUAUAGUCAAAUUACUUUAUUACCCCCAAUAAUUUGGUUAAGAGAGUGUGAAGCUUUCCUUGGGGACUGUGGAACUGGGAGACACAUUUUCUGACCAUCUGUCCCUAGCCUUGAGUACUUUCUAACAUGUUCCUUUUUUGUUUUUUUCAUUUUAGUAUCAGGACAAUCACACCAACAUAUGCAACAGGAGCAAAAUGCAGGUAACAUUUUGUGCUUAAUGUCUUAGUUUAGUAUUUUCCCUUCGUACCACAGUUUACACCAGUUAAUUAAAUAUUCAAUAUAGCUUGUAUGGUAUAAACAUAUUUAUACAUUCACAGGGUACCAGCAUCCUCUGAUUCUGUAUAUGCACACUGAAUUAAAAUAACAAUAGUUUAUAAAGUGGAUACAUUUCAAAAUAUGCAACACUAGGUAUAAUUUUAAAUACGGUUUUGUGGCAUUAUGAGACAUGCGUCUUUUUCAUGAAAGAUGGAAUUGAUUAAAUUAAGUGCUGUGUUUAUCUUCAUUUUAAAACAAUUCAUUUGAAUAAUUCUAAAUGAUGCUUCUAAAAAGAGAAGACAAAAAAAUAAUCAUUAAAAAAGUUAAUGAUUCAAGAUGGAUGACUCUGUUACGCUUUUAUCAAUAUUUAAGCAUGAAAUGUAAAUGAUGCAUGCAUUUGACAUUUUUACUAAUGGAAAAAAUAUAUCCCUCCUAUGAGAUUUAAGUAAUUAAACAUACUUACUCAGAAACAUAUAAAACAUAUUCUGAAGGGCAAAACAAAUAACACAGAUAUAAAAGGAUUAAACUACAGCUAAUAAUCAAACAAUUAAAGUCUUUGGUAACACUACAUUGAUGUAUGUCUGCCUGGGUACGCUUCAUGUCUCUUUGACAUGUUAAUCCAUAUUGUAGAUCUGGAUGUACCCAAUCUGUUAUUCAGUCUUUAGCUGCUUGAGUCAAAUGUCCAAUAAUCCCCUGCUUAGUGAAAGAUUAGUAUAUAGACCUUCAGUAAAUACUGAAGAUCUAUAUAUACUACCCAACAUUUUGCAAAUAUCUCUUAAAUCCUGUAUAGAAAUAAGGCCCGAUAACUACAGCUAGUUAUAGAAAUCAUUGAAUACGGUUUAAUUUGUGUUUUGCUAAAUAGUUAAAGAAAUUUUUUUUUCUUGGGUAGGUAAAAAAUGUGUAAUACUUCCUAAUCAAAUAGAAAAAUCAUAUGUUUAAUAAUUAAGCUAUGGAGUUAAUUAUUUUAUAUUCAGCAGUGUUGAAUGAAAAAUAUAACACUGGUUAAACAUAUCACAUGAAAAAAAAAAUCUACUGUGCAUUUUUGUAUUUACAUUAUAUGAUCUUGACAUACGUUGUUGCAGAUAUUUAAAAAUGAACUACAACAAGCAACCAUUCCUCUGUUCAAAGGGUUGACAACCCAGGAGCAACUUUAUGUUUCAUAUAUUUAAAGUAAAUUAUAUUCUAUGUUUACAUCCUGAAAAGGAGCCUGUUGUACAGAAAAAUGGAAGCAGGAGGGUAAAAAAUGAGCAGUGGGUUAAGAAGCAGUGGUGGAGGAAAUUACUUGUUUAGCAGUCAAGUUUUUUUGCUUCAGUAAGAUUAGGGUCUUCUUUUUCUCUGAUAGAAUGACUGUAGGAUAGCUUUUAUGAAAAUUGAUCAGUUUUCUUUGGAGGAACAUGACCUGCCAAGGAGCAAAAUCUUUUAUCUCCAAAUACAAAUUAAGGUGCCCUUCUUUCGUUUUGAUAGUUCGAGAGUGGACCCCUAGUAGAAAAUAUAGUUUCAUAGUUACAUAGGCUAGAAAAGAGACAUGUGUCCAUUAAGUUCAGCCUUCCUCACGUUUGUUUUUUGCUCUUGAUCCAAAAUACGGCAAAAACACCCACUUUGAAGCACUACCAAUUUUGCAACAAACUAGAAUAAAAAUCCCCUCUUGACCCCAGAACGGCAGUCAGAUUUACCUUUCCUUUGCCUUAGACAAAAUCUUCUUUCUUCCAGUCUAAACGCAUGACCUUGUGUCCUAUGUAAAGUCUGGUUUGUGGAUAGCUUUCCACACAAUGCUUGUAUUGGCCCCUGAUAAAUUUGUAUAAUGCUAUCAUAUCCCCUCUGAGGCAACGUUUUGCUAAACUAAAGAGGUUUUCAUAGCUAAAGCGUUCCAUUCCUUUUAUUAAUCUUGCAGCCUGCCUUUGCACUUUUUCUAGUGCCAUAAUACCCUUCUUUAGAGCAAGUGUCCAAAAUUUCACAGCAUAUUCAAGAUGUGGUCUUACCAGUGCUUUAUAAAGAGGCAAAAUGAUAUUCUCAUUCUGAGAAUGAAUGUCCUGUUUCAUGCAUGACAAUACCCUACUGGCCUUAGCCACUGCUGAUUGACAUUGCACAUUGUUGCACAGUUUGUUGUCUAUAACUAUUCCCAAGUCCUCCUCGUGUGUUGUUAUCCCUAAUUCACUUCCAUUAAAGGUAUACGUUGCUUGUGUACUCUUUAUGCCAAAAUGUAUAACUUUGCAUUUUUCUACAUUAAAUUUUAUCUGCCAUUUGAGUGCCCAGGCUCCCAGCCUAUUUAGUCAGCCUCCUUUCGUGGGGAGAUGAUCUAAGAAGAAACAUGGUCUUUAGUUUCCUCCUGAGACCACGGAGGUGUUUCAUUGCAAUGAUAAAUUUAUAGAUGUACACUUGUGCAGAUAAUCAACUUGCUCUUUUAGGGGAGUGAGUUGCCUAGCAGUCAAUUCUUGAGUAGCUAAAAGAAGGGUGAUUUGUUAUUCCACGCAACAAAUUAAUGUGUUCUUGGGUGAGUAUGUGUCUAGGAGUCAGGUCUCUUGUUUCUAUCCUAAAGUGGGUUGAUCAUCCAAUGCUCUGAUAGAUCAAGGGAAGGACAUUGUCCGCCAAUAUCUAAGAUUAAUAUUUUGGAAUGAUUUUUUGGUUUUCCGACAAAUCCAGGGAGGUAUGCAAAGUAAAGAGGAUGAUGUCAAUUGCAUGCUGUCAGUGCAGGUGUUAAUAGGUUGGUGUCCCUGGGGGAUAAUGGUAUAGGAGGUUGUAGAAUUACAUUUAUUUUUCCAUCGCACCUAUAAAGCUGUCCAUGAUUUGAAAAAAACAGUCUUUGCAAAUGUAGAUAUGUUGUGGUAUGCUAUUUUACAACACAGCUGGCAACUAAGAGUGUAGAAAAUACAUCCCAGUGUUCAACAUGAAAGCUAUAGAUAUAAACAUGGCAUUAAAUGUUGGCAAUAUAAGUAAUCGGAAUGAAAACAUUGAGAACCUUAAAAAAAUAAAUACUGACAAAAAGUCUUCAGUGAGAUUAGAGAUAUGUCAGGCAUAUCCCAAUUACUUGUUAGAAAGCUUACACAUUUUGUAAUUGUGAAUAUGUUGACACAAUGAAUGAUGCAUUUAUUUGCCACGUUAGUUGAUUUUGGCAAAGUUAAAGUUUCAGUGACUAACCUUACAAUAGAGACAUACAUUUUCAAGUCUAAGUUAAUAUUGGUUUUAGGUUAAAAUUGAUAUUCAAACAAAUUACUGUGUUAAAUGUUCAUAUUAUUGCAACUCAGGAGAAAUGCAUUAAAAAGUCCUAUAGAAUUCAUCAUUUCAACACGAUUUUAGCAAGCUUCAAGCUAAAAAUGAUCAUGUUUGACAAGGGGUAUUGAACGGGUGGCCAUUUGCUAAAUGUAGGCCAAAAAUGCUGAGUCUGCCAUUUCUUGUAUGCGUGGUCAGCUCUGUAUAGCUCACUGUUGUUCAAAAAACAAACUCCUUUCUUAGAUGCACUUGAUUUUCAACAAGCGGCACAGAUGCUAGGGACAUGAAUACCAUUCAGGUUAACAGGUGAUAAAGUCAUUGCUCUUAAUAUUUCCUUUUGAUUCUAUUUUUCACUUAUAGUGUAAGCACAAUAACAACUUCACCUUUUUGAAAUUGUUAUAGUGCCAUAAGCAUGUUCCCCUUGUCCAGUUUCCCAUUGUUGUUCUUUUGAAAGUGUGGAUUCUAGCACUCAAGUCAUCUGUAUCAGAGAGCCGGGAAUCAUAGCUCUCAUACCCAAAUGCACCCCGAUGUCAGCACUCAUGCCAUGCUGAUGUUAUUUUAUUUCAGCCUGUCUUUUUUGAGAAUGUGUCCGUUAGAAAUGCUUUGCACACACUGGCCCAACAAGCACAGCUAUAGAGAUCCUCUCUGGACAGCCAGAUUUUACAGCUGCAUGAUUUGAGCUACCUGUGGUAUUCACUUCAACCUGUAGGCACAUUUUUGAGAAUGAAUUUAUGUGCAAACUACAUUCAAAUAGUUCGACAUAUGAUAGCAGUGAGCUGAUCUGUAAAUCAGCUUGUAGCCCAAGAAUGUCCAUAUUGCGUGCAUGCGUGAUGUAACAUUCUUGGUUUCUCAUAGGGGAUCAUUGUAAUUACUAUGAGAAGCUUUUGAUUAGUGAAAUGCAGUGAGUGCCACGCAUGCACCUACGGUCCACAAUUCUUCUCUAUGAGAAGCAUUGGAUUGGACCAUAGUCAUCAGACACAAUGAUGCAAAAGUGGGUGGUGCAGACUGCCACGAGGAGAGUGCUGACCGCACUUGAGUAAAGGUAUGUAAAAGUUUAAAUUUACAAAGUUAUAUUAUUUCAGGGUGAUUAUACUACUAUUAAUUGGUUAUCUUAAUACUAGUGAAAUUAUUAAAAAUACAUAUCUAACUACAGUACAGUCUUCCUUUAAAACAUUCCACAACACUUUGCAAUUAUACAGUGGGGAUAUAUGAUGGCACACAGCUCAAAGAUGAAAUGAAAGAUGAAAUGUUGACAGCUACAAGAUGGCGUGCUCAAUUGGGCUUACAAUCAAUAUAUUUGAAUACAAGAGGAAGGAGCAGAGAUGAAAGCAGGGGUUUUGUGUGAAUUAAUGAAAGGACUGUAAAGAGACAUGUUACAAAGGAAGAUGAUAUUUUCCAAAUAAGAUUGAGGUGGGCAUUCCAUGGGAAUGGUGGGGCCCUUGAGAAAUUCUGUAGAUAAGAAUGCGAGAAUGAAUGGAGGACAAGAAAAUGCCACUAUCAUAACACAGUGAAUGAGACGGGAUGUAUUUAUUAUUUAAACAGGACACACAUAGACGGUGGAUUAAAAAUGAUCUACCCUUCUGACGAUACUUAAUAUUUACUUUCUACCAAUACUCUUUGAAUACAAAUAUUCUUCCAUCAUAUUUUUUGAUGCUAUAAUAAGAAUUGUUAUUAACCCACUCCAUUACAGUACUGAUAGUUAACCUUAGAUGUUAGUGAACUGUAUUUCUCAAACAAUUAUCAAAAUCUCCAUUAUAUCUCCACAAAUUGACUUUAGAUAAAUAAAUAUCCAUGAGGUAAAAAAUAUAUGAAUGAUAAAAAGUGAUCAUGUUAUUUUUUCACAAUAAUGCAAGAUAAAUCAGAUCGUAUAUAUAUAUAUGUGUAUAUGUAGUUAAUUCUUGUUCCAGAAUAAUUAUAUUGCUGUCUAUCAAUCUAUUAAGUGCAUAUCAGUCAUGUUAUCAAUAUCAUUAUUUUCAACUCUCUUGUUUACUAUUUCUUUCAAUCAUAUGUUCUUCUCCCCCCUUAGACUGGGAUUCCUUUGAACAAGAAUAUGAAGAUGUAGAUGUAGAAAACCUUCAGUAUGGUAAGAACAUUGCAUUUGAAUAAAAUAUUGCUAAAAUGUUCUAUCUAUCCAUCUAUCUAUCUAUUUAUCUAUCUAUCUAUCUGUCUGUCUGUCUGUCUAUUAUUCAAGCUAUCUGUAAAAAAAAAAAAUGUCCGUCUGUUGUCUAUGAAUUUCAUUACAUGCACACAAAUCCACACCUUUAUCUAUGUUGUUUGUACAAACCUAUAUCUCUCCAGCAGUUGCUAGAAUACAAUCCCAUCCAAUAAUACUUGUUUUACCAACUAUUUUCUAUGGUUUUUCGUGGCAUUAAAAUUUUCUUAUGGCAACAUUGUUAUGCUCACAACACGGUUAAAGGGACACUCCAGCCACCCAGACCACUUCAGCUAAUUGAAGUGCUCUGGCUGCUGUGCCCCUAUUGCACUUAGUGUUGCAAUGUAAAACCUAGCAGUUCCUGAGAAUUGCUAUGUUUACAUUGCAGCUCUAAGUCUGCCCUCUGUGGCUGUCUUUCAGACAGCCACUAGAGGGCUUCCAGAAUCCAAAUCGACCUUUGGUCUGUUAUCUGAUGCUGGACAUCCUCACGGUCCUCCAGCGUCAGAUUUUCCCCAUAGGAAAGCAUUGAAUAAUGCUUUCCUAUGGAAAGGUCUAAUGCGCGUGUGCGGCCAUUGCUGCGCAUGCGCAUUAGGUUCCUCCCGCCGGCUCUCAUCCGCAGGGGAGGAGCAUGGACAGAGCCUGACCCAGUGCCGAGGGACAUCGGCGCUGGAUUUAGGUAAGUAGCUGAAGGGGUUUUAACCCCUUCAGUGACAUGGGAUGGAGAAUGGGAAGGAGGGGGGCGCUGUAGGAUCCUGCAGUGCCAGGAAAACUGGUUUGUUUUCCCGACACUGGAGAGUCCCUUAAAAUGUUAAUAAAAUAUCCAACCUUCCAGCAUCCCGUAUUGCAUACAUUGCAGUUUAGAAUAUCCAUUAAAUACUCCUUCAUUGACUCAUUAAAAAGUGAAAUAUGACUCCCCACAUGCUGUUCAAAUCAGAUUGUUCAUUUUUUGUUUUUAUUUUCUCAUAAUCUUGUAGAUCAUCUUUUGUAGCAUAAAAUCAGCUGCACUAUUCAAGCAUUCAUUACUCAUUUUAAUACUCUGAUUUUACUACAGCUGACGAGCAACAAUCAACGGAUGAUGAGGAAGAUGGAGAAACCAAUGAACCUUCUGGUAAUGAGACCAAACAGAGUGAUUAACAAGAUCUAAAAUUUCAUUUGGAAGUACAUUUUUUGUGUCUGUUACACUCGUAGACUCAUUAAAUACUAUGAGUCUACUUUUAAAUCAGCAAUAAUAAAACAAAUAAUGAAAUAUAUUCCAUAUAUCAUGGUUACAAGACUGCUCAUGCCUAAAAAAAAUAUUAUCUUUAUAUUUCUUUCUUUUAUUCAUAGGAGGACAUUAUGGGGUAAACUUUAUUUCUCCAUCACUUUCUCCUGUUUUUGUGGGUGAGUAACCUGCCUUGUAUAAAGAAUGGUUAAAUGGUUAGGAGGUUUGAGCUCAAUUGCCUUGUAACUAACCAGGCUGCAACAAUAAUGAUCUUGUUAAAGUUCCAAAAAUUCAAUUUUAAAAGCAGAGUAGAAGAUGCCAGCAACAGAAUGAGUAUUUUUUUUACCGGGCUUUGGUUUUUCUGUGUGCUGACUUAAUCACUUCAUCCAUGGUUUUAUAGAGAACUACAGAUAUUUUCAUUCUUCAAAAUAUGUUCUCAAUAAUUGUUUUGUUGCUUAUGAAAUCAUGUGUGAUGUACAAUAUUUUAAUGAUCAAAUGUCAUAGUGCCUUUAUUCCGAUAUGACGUUUGAACAUUAAUAGACAAUGGCAGAUAGAAGUUUAUUUAUAACAGUGGCUUAAGGACAUUCAUGAAAUAAUGAUAAUUACUUUUUUACUCUUUCGAAUACAAAGGUUAAAUUCACCAGGAAGACAAAUCAGUUAAAUCUGUUAUAGCAUCUUUCACAAUUAGGACUGUGGUCCCAUUUGGGAAUACAUGUAGUGUCCUUGGGAAGUUUGUAACAGGGUCUGACCGGAGCCUGUUAUUUGUGACAGAUGUGACAACUCAAACUGUGUCAACAUUGAUUAUAUAGGACAACUAGUGUCCAGAGUUUUGUUUAGUAUUUGGAGGGUAUUGUAAUAUUUGUCAUAAAAUUAUGUUACAAGAGAAGUCAUAAUUGACCAUAUUUUCUUCACACCAAUAGCCCAAAACCCUUCACAUAAUCCAAGGAUUUGCAGCACCUUUGGAUAUUAUCAUUUCAAAACCUUUGAUGGAGACAUCUUUCAUUAUAAUGGGCACUGCAAUUAUGUUUUUGCUUCACACUGCAAGACCAACUAUGAAGACUUUAACAUCCAGAUUAGACGUGUUGUUACGAAAAAUGUCCCGGUAAUCCUAACAAUUAAAAUAAGAAUUGAAGGAGUUGAUGUUGAAAUAACAAAAAAGCAUUUAAAAGUCAAUGGAGUGGAGUGAGUAUUUACUUUUUAUUUUAAUAUGUAUUUCUGCCAACACCUGACAAGUUCUGCUAAAUGGUUCUAUGAAAUACUUGAAUGUCAGAAAUAUUCUUCAUCUUUAAAUCAUCAUCAUGCUCAGAAUACUAUUGAAUUAAUUUUUAAAUAUCGUUUUUUUAUUUUUUAUUCACAAUAUAUUUUAAUGGAUAUCUAAGCAUAUUUAAAAAGUUUAGAUAUUUGCAAAGAGUGACAAGAAAAAUAAACAACUCUAUAUCCACUACGAGUUGAACAUAAAAUAAAUUAAAUUAAAUUGAAGAAAGGCUUCCAAUAUUAAUGUACUUAUUGCUUUCUUUCUUUCUUUCUUUCUUUUUUUUUUUCCUUUCUUUCCAGGCUAGAUACAAUGUCGCAUAGUUUUGGAGCAGUUCAGAUUUCAAAGACUGGCACAUAUAUAAGAACUACUGUCAAAGCUAGUUUUGAGUUGGUGUGGAAUGAAGAAGAUUCUCUUACGGUUAGUACAAGUAAAUAAAAAAAUACAAAAUCUGGAUAAAUAUCACAUCUUCAAGAUAACUGAGAUUUAACAAAGAAUGUGGUGGAAGAUAUUGAGUAAAUGAUGAAUUAACAAGGGAAUUAAACAUUUUAGUCCAAACUGAUUGAACUAGAUUUUUUUCUAUAUAGGUCAUUUUUUUCUGCUUAAUUUGUUGAUAUAAAAUUUGCAAUUUACUUCAAUCUAUAACUAGUAAUAUACAUAUAAAAGAUAUAAAGUGAGUGCUCUACUCCAGACGGUAAACCAGUGCAUUGUUAACAUGCACUAUCAGAAACAGGGUGCUACAAAAUGGGGAAUUAAAUAUAGUUACCUUAUCAAGAUAACAUACUACAAUAUAAAAGACUCACAGCACACCAAUUCAUGCAAAAAUAUUUACUGAAAAAUACAAUAUAUCAUACAUAGUCAAUAUACAACCUGAAGUGCAAAGUACACCCAGAAUACACACCUAAUACCAUAUUAAUAAAGACACCAAGGUUACCUUUAGGUAUAUGACCAACUCUACUGACCUAUGGCUGGAGACCAAAAUUCCCCAAUGUUUUGGCUACUGCAUUUGACAAAGGAGUCUCUAGGUCAGUAUAGUUGGUCAUAUACCUGAAGUGCACUUGGUAUUAAUAUGGUAUGAGGUGUAUAUACUGGGUAUACUUUUGCACUGUACAUCCACUUUGCACUUUAUGUUGUAUAUAUCAUAUAUUAUACUUUUAUAUUGUAAUCUAUAACUAGUCAUGGGCAGGGUUACCAUUAGAACUCUUUAGGCUUCUUACAACCUCAAUGAAUGACACACACCCUGACACACAGGUACUCACUCUUAAUCACAAAUAUACUACACUCACAGGGACACUAAUGGAUACAUACAUACUCACAGACACAAAGACAAUGAUACACAUAACCAGACAGAUAAACUACACAAACACAAUGCUCAGUGCCAAACCCUCCCCACACACCCAUAGACUUUGUCACACCAACACUGCCAGACACAUACACACAAUCACAAUCAGACUGUAAGACACAUGCACACUAUAACAUUUAUGGUUUAAGCCACUGUCUAGGUUAACCUACCUCUUGCAGCAAGAGGGUGGUUUCCUGGGUGUCCAGAUGGUAUCCUGCUGCAAAUGUCAAUGAUCUAAUUUUUCCCUCCUGUGCGGCUUCUUUACAUGCUGUUAAUAGUGAUAAGUUAUCACUUCCUCCAAGCACUACCCUACAAGAAGAUAAACGUGGCAGUUACCAAACUCUGGUAAGGGGUCCACACUUAAGUUCCACAAUGUGCUCUGGUUAUGGGAGUUAGUUCUAUUAGUUGCAGGCAAGUCUCAGGGCUCGGUCAGGACCCUUAACAAGGUACCCUGGUCAUAAAAAUACACUCUCAAGGGCAGGAUAAGAGAGAUUCAGCAGCUUACCUUAUUCUCAAUGCUUUCCUAUGGAUGCUCUGCGCGAUGGAGGCAUAAUAUGCCUCCAGCAUCGCAGAUGCGCUUCUGGUAGCUGUCUGGAAGACAGCCACUAGAUACUAGAUUAACCCCAAAUGUAGACAUAGUUUCUCUGAAACUGCUAUGUUUACAUUUGAAGGGUUAAAACCUGAGGGACCUGGCACCCAGACCACUUCAUUGAGCUGAAGUGGCCUGGGUGACUAUAGUGUCCCUUUAAUACUGACGCUUCUACUUGUUAAAUGCCAUCACCAUGCACACAGCUAUGCUGGACAUGAGACUUAGAACAUGGACUGGGACAAUGAUAUUCCUGAAUGCUUGCUGAAAAACCCCAGAAUGUUAAUAUUAUAAAAUACAUUUGUGAUUGCCAAGACUAUUUACAAGCUAACUCAUUGGUUCAUAGUUUGUUUUUUCACAUUAAAUAUAUGUAUUUUAUUAGUUUCUACAUAGUCACUCAUUUUCACACUUGUUGAUGAAAUUUCCUUUCUCUAGUUGGAACUGAGCCCAAAAUAUGCCAAUCAGACAUGUGGACUUUGUGGAGAUUAUAAUGGAAUGCCAAUAUACAACGAGUUUAUUGAAAAUGGUAAGGAAAGAUCAAAUGCGUGUAAUAAAUUAACAUGUACGUCAAUAUUACCCUAAUAUAUAAAACCAUCGAUUUAUUCCUUACAGGUAUCACAAUAUUUAUAAAAAACAAUAAUUUAUCUUUUAUAGAUGUCGUAUUGAAUGAACACCAAUAUGCUAGUUUGCAUAAGUACGAUGGACCAGAAGAAAGAUGUGACGAUACAAGAGAUGAAAAAUCAGAUGACAACUGUACCAUCAACGUAAGUUCUGAUAGACACAAAAUAAGUCAGACUGUUCCACUCCAACCCACCACCUUUAACACAUAAUUGUUGCCAUUCUGCUACUACGUCAUGUCCAACUAAAUGUUUUUUAAGCCUUAAUGAUGUCAUUUUGCUCUGUGGACCAUUGAUGUUUCUGUAUGCUGUAGGUUUGUACAUGGUUAGUAAUUCCUCCAGACUUUAUGUUUUAUAAUUUGGUCUCAAACAUUGUGUUUUAAUGAUGUAUAGUUUGCUUUUAAAGGGAUGCCCCUAUGCACUUUAGCUUGCUGAAACACUUGAUAUGCAAAGAAUGUUUCCUUUUUUUUUUUUUAUUGAAAUAUAAAUUAACCUUGUUACACCCCUUGUCUUUCAAUCAGACAACAGGUCAAGCUACUUUUUUUUUUUUAAUACAAAUCUAAAUAUAAUCUCUUUAACAGACAAGUUUAUGCAAAAUGGUUCUGACUGGCUCAGCUUUCCACCAAUGUAACAGACUAGUGGAUCCUACAAGAUACAUUGAGCUUUGCGAGAAAGAUGCUUGCAGAUGUAAAGGCAACUCGACUGGAUUCUGCCUUUGCAAUAUUUUCACUGAGUACUCCCGGCAAUGUGCUCAUGCUGGAGGAAAGCCAAAGAACUGGAGAACAGCUAAGCUAUGCCGUGAGUCUCCCUUUUUACCUUGAGAUCAAUUGGCAGGUUGUUGGUAAAUAUAACAUAUGUAAAAUCAUUUAUUCAAGCAAUAUAUGCAUACCAUUUUAAAAUGUCAAUUUUUUCAGUAAUUGAAGGGUUAUAUGAUUUUAAUGUAAAUUGAUGUAGGAUUUUUUGUAAUCAAGGAAUAUUCAAAUUUUUUACUGCCAUUCCAUUUAUCUGGCAGUUUCAAAUUACCAUUUUGUUUGGACAAAAUGAAUAAAGAAUGUUGCACCAAUAUGAGUUUUUGGAAAUUGCAGUCUUAAGAGGAGGUGACAUAUUUUUUAAAUUACAGCCUUGAAAUGUGCUUUCAAUCUGGAGUUCCGUGAAUGUGGCAGUGCAUGCCAAGACACCUGUACUAAUCCAGAACGCUCAUUAGUAUGUGAUGAACACUGUACAGAUGGAUGCUUCUGUCCAGCAGGUAACUAUUUUUGCAUAAUCUUUAUUAAUACGUUUGUAUAAAUUAGAAUAGAUAGACUCCACAAAACAGAGACCAGAUAGAAUCAACCACACAUGCAUCAUGUUUUGACUGGUUAGAUUGAAUUUAAGUCUAGGCCUGUCAUCCUUCCACUAAUAAAGCAAUAGAGCAAAAUUCAGAGAGAAUAAGAAGGCUUGGGUCAAUUAAAUAGGGAUCAUCUGAAAAAGAUACAGGAGCCUGUGUUAUAUGGCCAACAGGAACAUUUGGAAACUGUUCUAAAAUUGUUAAACACUAGGAUUCCACGCACUAUAACCGAGAUGAACUGGUUAUAGUACCCAUGGUGUAUCUUUAAGGUGAAGAUUGCUCAAUUCGCCAUACUUUCAAAACCACUCCAGAAUAUUAUGUUACACAUGGUUCAACUGAAAAGCCCUCAAAGCCUGUUUUUGCCUGAUGGCUAAAAGAAACAGUUCUAAGGUGAUUACAGAAUUCUUUGUAAGUCACUCUGCAAGCUAUACACCUGAAAUUUCUUAUGGUGUGUGCAAAUAGAUAUUUGGCAGACUCUGACCAUGCAUUUGUAAACCCCGGUCAGCAGUUGUCUGUAAAAUAUUGGGUGAGAGACAAUUUAAUCUAAGUAUUCUACAUUUUCAUAUUUCUAUAUAUUUUAAUUUAAUGAAAUGCAUCAUUCCUUAAAUAUUUUAUUUUUGUUCUUGUAAGGCAUGGUUUUUGAUGACAUCAACAAAUCUGGAUGUGUACCUAAAGAGAAGUGUCCUUGCACAUUCAAUGGAGAUGUCUAUCCCAUUGGAACAGGAUAUUCCGAAACCUGUAAAGAAUGGUAACUUUUAUUUCUGCACUUUUAUUGUUUUAAGAAUUUUUAAAACUUGAUUUUGUUAUCUGGGAGUAAUUUAGUCAAAUUGCUACUGUUUGCACAAACAAAUAAAAGGCAACUUACGUUUUAAGUUGCCACCAUUUGACACAUGUACUGGCUGCAUUAUCUACAUUGCAUGCUCUUUAUUUACUUAAUUAAAUUAUGGUUGAUUCAAAUAGUAUGUUUUAUGUAUCCUUUUACAUCAGACCAUGAAUUGAGGUGGUUCUAGUUUAAGUGUUUUCUAUACUUCUAUUAAGUUUUUGCUAUUUCAAUUUUGAUAAUUGUGCAUAUUUAAAAAUAACAAAAAAGUACAACAGUAUGCCAACGCUAUUGUUCUGAAUUUAUUGGUGUUUUUUUCUAUCAGCACAUGUGUUGGAGGGAAGUGGAGCUGUGACAAAAAGCCCUGCACAGGUAUCUGCUCUCUUGAAGGAGGUUCACACGUCACCACCUUUGACCUUUCCCGUUACAAAUUCCACGGAGACUGUAAUUAUGUGUUGGCAAAGGUACGCACCAUAUAAUUUUUUUGUGUAUAACAUCAGGGGCUUCCCAGCUAACACACUAUAACAACAAAAAAAAAUGCCAGGAUCCACAAAACAGUGGAACGGGUGCCACAAGUAGAUAUUUUUUAAAUUGCAUUUUUUUAAAAACAAACUAAAAUUUAUAUAUAUUUUUUAAUCAAACACAGACAUGUGAUAACCUCCUCUUCACUAUAUUGGCUGAAAUUCGCACAUGUGGAAACACUGACACUGAAACAUGCUUGAAGAGCAUCUCUCUCAGCCUCAAUGGAGGAAAAGAUGUAUGUAUUUCCAAAAAAAAAUCAACAUUGUUAAUAACAGCAAUCAACUUAAUAAUAAUUUUUUUUUAAAAAACUAUUUUCUGCAUUUUAUCUUUGAUUUGUUGAAGUUUCUAUAUUUCUGUUAUGUUCUAACCAUUGAUUAUAUUCUCUCUCACCAGUUCAUCUUGGUGAAACAUUGUGGCAGUGUUUACGUCAACUCACUGUACACACCGUUACCAAUGACAUCUUGUAAGUCAAAAGUUUAUAUAAGCUUAAUUCGUUGUAAAAGUAUCCAGUUGAUUGGAACAUAAGUUUAUCUAACUAUGUAAUCAAUAUGUUUGUUUAUGUAUUUAAUUUUCAUAAUAGUUUAUUGUAAAAGUGAAACAGGAAAGAGUCAAUGUGCACAUGAAAACAUUUGUGAAAGCCUUGGUUUGUUAAAGAAAAAAAAAUAUUGAUGUUAACAACAGAGAGAUAGCAGAUGGACAGGGUAUAAAAGUUGGUGCAAAGGUUGGUAGUGGCUUAGUGCUGUACAUGGGGUGUCUACCACAACCCUCAUUUUUUUUAUUCCACAAUUCUUAGACUUGAUAGAGUCUGUUACAGGCAAACACACAAAAAAAGAAAAUUGAUUCCUUACAAGAAGUGAAAUGGGUGGCAUUUUUGGAAAUGUAUUGGACGAUUGUAUCAGGUUUUGAAGAACUCUUCAGUGGUUUCAUGCAGCUUGGCUAUCACAUGUUCCCUAGAAUGAAUAUACCAUAUUUUUUUUAGACAUAUAAAAUUAAUAUUCCAAUUUCUGUUCCAGAUAUAUGGUUUUGAAAGGUUUACACAGAAUUUAUAUUUUUGAAGCACCAAUAAACUACUUCAAUUGUAGGAUCAAUACAUAUUUAAAUAUAUGUACUUCUUAUAUAUUUUUGUUAACUUAUACAUAUAUAAAUAUAUGUACUAUAUAUAUAUAUAUAUAUAUAUAUAUAUAUAUAUAUAUAUAUAUGUUAACUUGCUUGAUGGCUAAUGUAUUAGUCCUAAAAUCUCAUUCUAGUUGUGAUGCUGCACUGGAGAACUAGGAAGUCUGAGUUGAACUUCGAUAGACCAAAUCUUUAUAAAUCUCUUAUUUUGUACCAUGUUAUAAAAUGUCUUAUGUAUCUUUUUGAUAUGCAACUCUCUUUCUUAUCGUUACAGCCAGUUUCACCAUCUUCAAACCAACAUCCUUUUUUAUCAUCAUGGAAGCCACAAUAGGCAUACAGAUGCAUAUCCAAUUGAAACCCACCAUGCAGGUCCACAUUGUAAGCGAUCAAAGGCAUAUGAAUGGAACCUGCGGUGAGUUGCUCUCUUGUUACAGUUAUAUGUGAAAUCAAAAUAGGAAGUAUAAAUAGAAUUCUAAAUUGCUCAUCCAAAUACUUGCUAACAUUUAGUUUUUUAUUUUCCCAAGGUCAUUAUGUAAAACUGCCUAUAGUGCCACCCUAUCUUGGCAUACAAAUAAUAUUCAUUUAUAAAUGUAACAUGUGCCAAUACUAUUCCUCAGGUCUCUGUGGUAACUUCAACAACAUCCAAUCUGAUGACUUUAAAUCACCCAGUGGAUUGAUUGAAGGGACUGGGGCAUCAUUUGGCAACCAGUGGAAAACACAAGUAGAUUGUCCCAGUGUCAAAAACAGCAAAGAGAAUCCUUGUUCUCUCAGCUCUGAAUCAGGUGAGUAUUUAAAAGUUAUUCAAUUAAUGGAAUUAUACAUAAACAAAUGUGGAAUUCUCAACUUAUUUAAUUGAAACAGGUUCUGCAGAGGUGUAAUAGAUAAAAACAUAACAUGGAAGACAUAAUAUUGACUUCUUAUUUCGCAUAUUUUGUUGUCAUUAAGUUUGGUAAAAUUACCUUUGUUCUCUCUUUUUUUUUUUAACAAUAUGUAUACGCAAACUAACAUUAAUCUAACGCUUAUUUUUUAGAAACUUAUGCCAAACACUGGUGCUCGUUCCUAACAGACAGCAAUGGACCAUUCUCUCAAUGUCACAAAACCAUUGAUCCAGAAGACUAUUAUAAGGUAAAAUAAAAAUAAUGUGAUGCUAACCUCAGCUACAUUCUCUUUGUUGAGGAAAUUUAAAAAAAGAUAAUAAUGGACAAGUAAUAUAUAAUAUAUAAUGAUACAUAAUAAUUGUAAUAUUUUUUUUUGUGCCUGAGAAAUCAGUCUUUCUGGGUAUGAAAAUAUUUCUAAAAUAAUAAGUAAUUAAAUACAAACAAUUAGUAGAAAUAAUUUGCAGAAGUGCGCGUUCUGGGAAUUUAAACCAGGCAUAGCCAAUAAGUAUCCAUUCAACUGGUGCCAUGCUGCAAAUUUUGGGAGGCUAAGCUUUGCAGUACCCUUUUAAUGUGUGGAAGCAGUGUUGUUUUGCCAGAGUCAUAGCAUUAGCUAAAAGCUCACAAAUGUCAGGAAUUCAGGGGAUAGAAUCCCUAAUUACAGUGUAGGACAAUGAUAGAAAGAAGCAUUACCAGGCCAUAAACCAGAGAGCACCUUAGGCAGACUGGCCAAGGUCAAAGACAAGAAGCAAAUAGUGGGAAUUUAUGAACAAGCAGGGCCAGAAAAAGUAAAUCCGCAAAGGAACACUAAAGAAUCACACGCAUUGAGAACCAGGCAAGGACCACAAACUGGCAGCACACUAAUGGAGCACUGAAGUUUAAAUAGGUCAUUCUUGAUACUGAGUAUGAAGUCGCAUGAGAUGUGAGGAUGCUUACCAGGAAUGAUGUGAAUAAGCAACAAUAAAUGCUUGCUGAAGACAUCGGACAUAUGGAGUUCCUGACAAACUAUCUCAAACAGUUAGCCUUCUACACUAAUUAGUAGAUGAUAUUUUUCUUAACUUGCAAUCAAUAUAAAAACAUUUUUAUUCUCCUUCAGAGAUGCUUGUACGAUACCUGUAACAGUGAAAAAAGUGAAGAUGCCAUGUGUGCAGUUAUGUCGUCAUAUUUCUAUGCCUGCUCUAGAAAAGAAGUCGAUUUGAGGGGGUGGAGAACACAUGUCUGCAGUAAGUUGAUAAACAUCUGCCAUUACGUACAUACCAAUUGUUUUGGGUAUUAGGAAAUCUGCUGGCAAUGUUAUUUUCUGAUUGUUAAAAAAGAGACUGCUCAUAUAAAUGUGAUGGAAGGCUUUAUUAAUGUGCUCAUCUAUUUAAUCCCAAGGCUCAUACACCCUGGACUGCCCAAAGACUCAAACAUACUCUCCGCUUGUCAGUACAUGUGAGCCCACCUGUCGCUCCCUCAGUGAGCCUGAUGCCUUGUGUGCCAUAAGCAUGCCCAUUAUUGAUGGAUGCCGUUGUGAGGAUGGAACCUAUAAGGAUGAUAGUGACAAAUGUGUGCUUCCAGCUUUUUGUUCCUGUUAUUACAAGGGGACACCAGUGUCACCAGGAGAAGUUUUCCAUGAAAAUGGGGUAAAAUGGUAAGUUAUUAUUAAGUGAUAAAGAACAGAUUUUGACAUAUUUCUUGAUUUACUAUGAUCACUGCUUCUACUCACAACUGCAUUUUUGAACUUCAAAUCACUGUACAACGCUAAAACUUUGUUGUUUUCCAAUAUUGCAGCACCUGCAAGAAUGGAAAACUGGAAUGUAUUGGACAAGAUACUAAAGAAAUAGGUAUAUAUUUAUGGGGGACAGUUUAAAAUGGCACAUUUUUUGUCAUACUUUACAUUAAAGCUCUUCAAUCCACUGCCAUCAAAUAAAGAAAUAAAUCAAGCCUAGUAGGCAGCUAUUUUGAUCAUUGUUUUUCUAACAAUUACAUUUAUCAAGUUGUUUCCUUACCUCAAAUAUUAUAUAUUUUUAAAUGUUUUGAUAUCUUAAUCUUCUUUUCUUUUGCAGUUCUCUUGUCUUAUAUUAUUUUGUUUUGUCUGUUUUACAUAGUGUGUACGAGCCCAAUGGUCUAUUUUGACUGUGACAAAGCCCCAGCAGACACCAAGGGAUCUGAAUGUCUAAAAAGUUGUUCGACAUUUGACACAGAAUGUGUACGUAUUUUUAUGAGCACAAUAAGUUGAAGAGUUGUUUUUUGAAUUUAGAGGGACACUAUGGUCACAAAACAACCUGAGAGUGCAUAGGCAUGAUCUAUUCACUAGAACUGCUUUAUUGAGCAGUUUGUAAGUUGUUUUUGUGAGUAAUGUGUCCAUUUAAUAUUUUAACACAAAAAAUAUAUACUUUUUAUUGGCUAUAACCUCUGAAAUGUGCUAACUCAAAGUAAAAAAAACCUAUCUGUGACACCCUAAGAUCAAACAUUAAAGGACAUAUGUAUUAAAAUUUGUUUUAAUCAAUAACAAUAUGCAAUUCAUUUUGUAUAAGUACAAUAUGAAUUGUCUACUAAGUAGAUAUUCUAAAUUGUAUUCAUACUUUUUGUUUGUUUGUGAUUCUCUAUUGACACUGUUACUAACUAAAAGUCUGCCAAUAUAUAUUACAGUACAGCACACAGUGUGUUUCUGGCUGUAUGUGCCCUGACGGAUUAGUGACUGAUGAUGAUGGGCACUGCGUGCGUGAAGAAGAUUGUCCUUGCAUGUUAAAUGAUGAUUUCUAUGAACCAGGGGAAGAGGUUCAAGUAAAAUGCAACACCUGGUGAGCCACUAAACUAUCACAUUUAUUCAGGAGAAACAUGUCUGAGAAUAAAGAUUGUGUGCAACUAUUGUUAUAGUGUGUUUCUUAAAUUUCAAAUUUACGUGAACAUCAAAUUAGCAUUUUUUUUUUUAAAAAACAUACAUUUAAUUAGAGGUGUUGUGAAUUUUACACGAUGCUCAGAGAUAGUCUACUGACAGUUUCUUCCAUAAAUAAUUUUGUGUUUUCUUCAUGAAGCACUUGCAAAAAUAGAAAGUGGGACUGCACAACCAACACGUGUCUGGCGACAUGUGCUGUAUAUGGAGAUGGGAACUACAUUACUUUUGAUAACAAGAGAUACAAUUUCAAUGGACAAUGCCAGUACUCCUUGGCUCAGGUACAUUCUAUUUCUUUCCUUUUACAUCUCUGAUGUGUGUGUGUGUACUUGUAGUCAUUCUUGAUAUCUAUAAUCUUUAAAAUAUAUUUUAAGUGCUUCAUAUUGGUGUUAUUCUGAUGUAGCUUGAAAUCUGAGUAGGGACCCACCAAAAGGCCAGCUGCUUGAGCUGUCCAAUCUCAGUACUCUCUUGCACAUUGUUUGUUUUUUCUCUUCCCAAGUUUAAUGGGUAUGCCACACAUGGACCCAUUACUCAUGGUGCCUAGAAGGGCAUUGGCUAGAACUCACUGAAAAGGCCUAACAGGUCUAAAAAGAUCAUCUUGGGUUGCUGUAUCAUGCAGAGAGAGCUGGCAUGCAUUUCACCUUUUGGGUGGGAUCCGUCUGGCAUACAAAUGGCUUUGAAAUUGCACAAUAUGAGCUACAACUCACUUAAGAUUUGAGUGGGCAAGCUACUUGAACUGUUGUCCCUUUUCAGUAUUCUCUGGAACAUUGUUUUUUUUUUUUACAGGGAAUACUAUCUUUAAAACAAUGGUUGUAAAUAAUAAUAAUAAUACUGUCAAUGUCAAACUCCCCAUACAUACAUAUUGAUUGACCAAGAAUUAAACAAAAGAAAAAGAAAGUAUUAAAUGUAACCUAAACUAUCUUAUUUAUUCCAUACGCAGUAAGAUUUUAUGACUAAAAUAAUAUAUAUAAAUAAUAACAUAAUAAUAAUAAUAAUAAUAAUAAUAAUAAUAAUAAUAAUAAUAAUAAUAAAAUGUUAUGUUAAUGUAUGGUGACCUUUUUGAGAUCUUGGGUUUUUAACUGUGUAGAAAAAAAUAGCCUUGUCAAGGUAAUGCACCUUUUAAAUUUACUGUGUGCUAUAAAAUAUGUAAUUGAUGGUAUUUUUUUUUACAUUAGUAAUGAUAUUUGUUUGUGGAAAGUGCUUGCAUAAAUUAAUUACAUACUUGUAAAGUGCUUGUAAAAAUCAAUCUCCAGGAUCAUUGUUCUGAGGAGCCUGGUACAUUCUACAUCAUCUCAGAGAACAUUCCAUGUGGCACGACAGGCACCACCUGCUCCAAAUCUAUCAAGCUCUUCCUAGGGGUGAGAAAUUGCUGAUUUGUUCAUCUUAAUAUAUAUGUAAAAUAAACUUAUAUGAAAAACCAAUUCAACAGUCUUGUUCAUUUCCACAGAAAAGAUUUACCAUAAUAUAUAAUUCUACCAUGGUGCAUUCAAUUCAUUUUAAUUGGUAAUAAUGACAUAACCCUUUACUCAAUAAAUGUAUGACAUUUUUUUCUCUUUUCCAGAACUAUGAGUUGAUUCUUGGUGACCAGAAAUUUGAUGUAGUGAAGAAAAAUUAUGGGCAAUAUGUGCCGUUCAAAGUUCGACAGAUGGGCAUCUACAUGAUAGUUGAGGCUUUAAAUGGCUUGAUUUUGGUGUGGGACAAGAAAACAACUAUCUUUGUGAAACUCCACCCCAAUUUUCAGGUAUAGAUCUAUUGAAGAAUAUGUACCUCAAAUGAGAUCAAGUUAAUCUUUGUUAAAGUGAACAAUUAUAUCUUUCAAAAACGUGUUUCAUAAAUCAUUCAAGCAUUGAUGUUUUCGUUUUACACUGAUUAAAAUGCUGUUGGAAAUAUUCUGUUUGCAUAACUUGUUAUGUAUUGCAUUACAUAAAAUAUUCCAAUGUUUCCUUUUAAUCUUUUGAUAGGGCAAGGUUUGUGGUCUUUGCGGUAAUUACGAUGGGAAUGCUGUUAAUGACUUUAUCACCAGAAGUCGCUCUGAGGUUGGAGACGUUUUUGAAUUUGGCAAUAGCUGGAAAUUGUCGCAAAGCUGCCCGAAUGCUAUUGAAGCAAAAGAUCCUUGUUUGUCCAACCCAUAUAGGAAAGCAUGGUCACAGAAGAAGUGUAGUAUCAUCACAGGUCCUGUCUUCCAGGCCUGUCAUCCCAAGGUGAGAACUAUAUUUUGAAAUUCUGGCCCUCUUGCUUUAGAUUGCCACUUAUUCCAAUUAUUCUAUACGUUACUUGUGAUGUAGUCUUUAAAUUCUGCUAUUUUCAUAAAUUAAUUGUACAGAAAACACUAGCCAAUCUGGUCUUUCCAGAAUUUCAAUGUACUCAAUUCUCAUAUCACAAAUUAGUGAUAUAUAAUUAAUUGAUUUUCUAACAUUAUGGUGCGCUCCAACGAUUUUCCAUUGUGUUACAUUAUCAUGAGCUAUGUGCAUUUUUCUAAUAUUGAAGACAAUAACAUGGAGAUUCCUGAUCACGUAGGAAUAAGAAAUGACUGAAGCUGUUCUUCUCUACCCAUAGAUUGACCCAAUGGAAUAUUAUGAGUCUUGUGUUCAUGAUGCCUGUGCUUGUGACACUGGUGGAGACUGUGAAUGUCUCUGUACAGCUGUAGCCUCAUAUGCUCAAGCUUGCAGUGAAGCUGGAAUAUGUGUGAACUGGAGAACUCCAUCCAUAUGUCGUAAGUGUUAAAUGACCAAUAUGUAAAUGGUUGGUUUAGUUGUAGACUGCCAUUUUCCAGUAGAUACAAAUUUUCCAUUUUCAUGCUAUGUCUAUCCCAGGUUAUUAAAUAACCAGUUAUUGUCCACAUGCUAGUUAAGAGUGUUUACAGAAAUUUAGUUCUCCAUUAUGUGAUAAUUUUCAGGGCAUUCUAGACUGCACUUUUGUACAAGAUUUUGCAAACGUAGACUAUUCCAAUAUUACACAGGACCUUUUACCAUACCCAUAUAACACAUGUCAAGUCUUUUAACCAACACCUUUAUCUUUCUGAGGUUCCUACUAAUUCCUACUAAAUACAAACCCAACCUUUCCAAUAGGUAUUUUCACUACAUAACAUUAGGUGGUUUUACUGGUGUAAACUCAUUAAUUCGUGUCCACUUAUCAACAGCUAUAUUCUGUGAUUUCUACAAUCUGAAAGGACAUUGUGAGUGGCAUUACCAAGCUUGUGGAGCUCCAUGCAUGAAGACAUGCAUGAAUCCUACUGGGGUUUGCUUUAACAAUCUGACUGGUUUAGAAGGUAAGAAAGACUCAUGAACAUUUUAUGAUUCACAUUUGCCACAAAUUAUACACGAUGAGUGAAAUGCAAACUGUGAUGUUCAGAUGGUUUUAUAGUUCAUUAUUGAUUAUUGUUGUGUUUAAAUUAAGGAUAACUAUUUAAUAGAUAAAAUAACUGAGUAAAGAAUGAACAUUUUAUGCUUUUUUUCAAAUGAUUGGAUUCCUGGAUACCUUUUCAGGGUAACUUGUUUCUUGAGGGAUGUUUCCCUAGCCCUCUCCCUGCAACAACUUUUCACCUUCUCCUUAUACUCAUAAAUUUUCUUUCUUCUUUUCUGUCUUUUUAAUUUACUUAUCUCAUAAAUAUGGAAGGUAGUUUACCUUUCCUUCUAAUGUCAAAACUACAGAACAGUGGUCCAAGUUAUAGUACCGUAAUGUUUUGAGCCAUCGCUUUUUGUUGCUCUAGGUCUACUGCUCCUAAAUAAGGAGUGUAAAAAAAACCUUAAUAAAUCAUGGAUGAUAUGCUACAAAUAUGCAGUCAAAAAUCAGAAUAUUAUAGCUCCACAUAGACAUAAUAAAAGCAAUUUCAUCAGACUCUCAUUUGGUUGUGAAUUACUAUUACAAAUAAUUAUUGACAUACAUUUUUUGUUGCCCCGGUGUAUGCAAAAAAAUGUGGCAUGGCUGGUUUUAGUUUAAUAACCUUUUUUUUUCUGCCAUACCAGAGGAUUUGUAUGAAGAACAAUGAGACAACGAAAAACCUAGUUUAAUUUAUGUUACACUGUUUACAUUGUAUUGUAUUAAUUGUUCUAACUUUAUAAAAUGUACAAAUAGCAAGUGCACAAAUUUCAGAUUAUUUUAAUAAUCUUUUUAUUAUUUUACUAAUCUUCACUGAUGCACUACGUUUAUCAGUUUUACUGAUCACCAUUACCACAUGGCUAGCAUUUGGCUAACCACUCAGUGAUGGCUAGUGUAAUUUUACUGGCAAAUAAAACUCGAACAUGGUUACUUACUAAAGUGAGAAUUCUAAUUGAAUUUGUUUAUAAUGCCCUUCAAUCAACUCUAAAGCAUAAUCAUUGAUUCUGUUAUUGAUAUGAUCUUCAGAAAUUCACAUGCUUUCAUAUAUCCUCAGGUUGUUACCCAAAAUGUCCACCAGACAGUCCUUAUUUUGAUGAGGAGAGCAUGCGUUGCAUUUCAUCGUGUCACUGUUAUGAUGAAUAUGGAGAUGAAUAUAAACCAGGACAGAAAAUGCCAAGUGUGGAAAGAUGUUCAAUCUGGUAUGAAUCCUAGAAAUUGGCAGGCAUGUGUGUGCAUGCGUGCGUGAAUGUGGCUCGAUAGGAAGUAAAGAUUAUGACCUUAUUUAGAAAUAUGUGCAAGCACUUCUUCAUUUUAUAUAACCUUAACAUCCACCCUGCAAAAAUACAUCCAUAAUUGUGGAGGGUAAGUUUAAUAUAUAAAAAAUAUAAUAGUAGACAGAUGACCGGAAUAUGCUGUGAUUAGAUUACAUUUUUUCAGGUUUAAAGCACAUUUUGGUUUAUGCGUGCCUUUCUCAAGUCUGUAUGUGAGCUACAAGUAUGCCUUAAACCUCUUAGAACAAAUUCAGUUUUACCCCACCCUGUAUGCCCAGUUGUCUUUCUAUUACCUUUGUGGAUGUUAGGGCGCUACGGAAUUAUGCAGCUUCAUGCCAUGCCAGAGAACCAAACAUUCAAAAUCUCAAUUGAACAGUAUUUUUAUUGUGAUGCACGUGUUUCAAACAAAGAUGCUUAGUUGUGUGUAAUUUAAACAUGGAAUUUGACAGCUAAUGUAUAUAAUAAUCUCAUUAUGGCUUUCUGUAUAGAAUGCAUACAUAAAGCAAUAGCCUGUUAUUUUCUUUCCUAUGCCUGUAUACAUAUGUAGUACUAAGACUUAGAUUUUAGAAUUGUUUUCACAUAAUUAACUACUUAUUAGCUAUUUAAUAACCAUGUAAUUUAGAGAUGCUAAUAUCUCGACAGGGAUGGACUGGGGAUACGAAGCAGCCCUGGAAAAAAAAUCUAUGCCAGCCCCAUAAGUCAUUGUGCUAUGUAGGGUGUAUAUAUAUAUAUAUAUAUAUAUAUAUAUAUACAUAUAUAUUUAUAGGCAAUUGAAAUAGUUGGCUGCACUCUUGGAUUUCCUUAAAACGUAACUUUUAUUGAAAUAUUUAAGAGAAGAUCAACGUUUCAGUCUCUCUUGUGAACUUGCAUCAGGAUCAUGAUGAAAGUCCACAAGAGGGACUGAAACGUUGAUCUUCUCUUAAAUAUUUCAAUAAAAGUUACGUUUUAAGUCAAUCUGAGAGUGCAGCCAACUAUUUCAAUUGCCUGGAUACUGGAGCCCUGGUGAUGCACCUGGUCACACAACUUUGAAGCCUGAGAGCAAGGUACAACAGCUUAUAUAUAUAUAUAUAUAUAUAUAUAUAUUUUAUUGAUACAUAUCUUCUUCUAACUCAAAAAAUUAGUUCUUUCCGGGUAAUUAAAUUUUACAGUAAAGCAUACUCACACACAGACAAUCUUACUGAUGCACACAAAUAGGCUCAUUGACAGACAAUCUCAAUGACACACACAGACAAGGUUAGUGGCACACACACAAAUUUAGUACAGACAAACUCUGAUACACACAAGCUUACUACAGACAAGCUCACUGUCACACACACACGCUCACUACAGACAAGCUCACUGAUGCCCACACACUCUCCCUACAGACAAGCCCAUUGACACACACAUGCUCCCUACAGAAGAGCUCACUAACACACAGAUUCACUACAGACAAGCUCACUGACACACACAUGCUCACUACAGACAAGCUCACUGACACACAUAUGGUCACUACAGAGAAGCUCACGAUCACACUCAUGCUUACUACAGACAAGCUCACUGUACACACAUGCUCACCACAGACAGGUUCCGACACACCCAUGCUCCUCUCAGACAAGCUCACUAACACGCACACACAUAUAUGAUCCCUACAGACAAGCUCACUGACACACAUACAAGCUCACUCACUAGAAGGCAAACACACACAAACUCACCAGCAGGCACACACACACAGAGGCUCCCCCACUAGCAGAUGUGCGCACACACACACAGAAGCUCGCUCGCUUACUCACUAGCAGAUGCACACACACAAAGACAUCCACACACACAGAGGCAGACAGUCACUGACACUGAGGCAAACAUCCACACAUACAGAGACAGGCAGACAGCCACACACACACACACACACACACACACAGGCAGACAGUCACACACACACACACACACACACACAGGCAGACAGCCACAUACACAGGCAGACAGCCACACACUCACACACACACACACACACACACACACAGGCAGACAGUCCACACCUCACACUCACAGGCAGACAGUCAUAUACACACAUACAGCCACACACUUACUCACACACACACACGGGCAGACAGCCACACACACACACAGUCACACACACAGGCAGUCACACACACACACACAUACAGGCAGACAGUCGCACACACAGCCAGACAGUCACACACAGACAGUCACACACACAGACACACAGGCAGACAGUCACACACUCACACACACACACAGGCAGACAGUCACACACUCACAGGCAGACAGUCUCACACAUACACAGUCACACACACACACACACACACACACACAGACAGUCACACACACAGACAGUCACACACAGACAGUCACACACAGGCAGUCACACACACAGACAGUCACACACACGCAGACAGUCACACUAACCUGCUUCUUACCUCAACAUCCCUUGGAGCUCCUGGAGACUGGUUGUUGGGGAAGCAGAGACUUCUUCCUGCUUCCCAUGCUGCAGUUAGCAAGGCCCCCGCCGCACAGUAAGCUCCGCCCCCACCGCACACUAGGCUCCACCCCUGGCACAUGCUAGCUCCGCCCCACCACAAACUGUUUUUUGUGCCGGCCGGCUAAGUCUCCCUGCUCCCAUAGGUUCUUGUGCGGCCGCACAGCUCACACAUAGCCGGCCGGGAUUACAGGAGCCUGAUCACUGAUAAGGGCUGUCAGCCCAGCACCAGGUGCCGCGGCCCACCGGGAAAUUUCCCGGUAUCCCGGUGGGUCAGUCCGGCUCUGUAUCUCAAUACUAACUGAAUGUAAUAAUUAAUGUAUGUGAAACAUGAAUCACAAAAGUACCCUUUUCAUACGUAAUCAAAAUUCUAAACAUACAAAAGGUCCAUUAAAAAUACUUUGCCAUUCUCCAUGACAAACGAUAUUGCUGCUUAAUUAUGGAAAGGAGUAUUGUAUAUCAUUUUACAUGUCAAAACAUAUCAUUUUAGAUAUAAACUUUUUCAUGUUUUAUUUCUUUCAGCCAGUGCACAAACAAUGGCAAAGAAUGUGAUAAAGCAAGUGGUAAGAAAAUACUGUAAUAUUUUAAAUCAAUUUGUUCAGUGUACCCUGAACAAAGUGUUGUUAUUUUUUUAUUUUUUUUUACAAAUCGAAAAAUGUAAUGUAUAUACUACUGACUUUUUUUUACAUUAUGCAUAAAAUAAACAUUUGCAGCAGAUGUCUCAUAAACAGCUGCCCUAAACAUUACAUUUAUUAGUUUACAUUUUAAUAAUUAGUUUAGCAUUGCAAUUAUAAUUAAGUUGGCCUCUCUCUUGUCAUCUGCAGCCUGCUGCUACUAUGAAAAUAAGGAAUUUUUGCCAGGUGAUAUAGUUUACUACACUGGAGAUGGCAUUGGAGGUUGUAUGCAUGCAGUCUGCACAGAUAAUUCAACUAUAGAAAGAAGCAUUGGACCAUGUCCGACCACAGUGAGCCCCUCCACUGUAUUCGACUUCGAUACUUCUUCAACACCAUCUGGUUCAUCUACAGAACCUCCACACUCUAUAUCACCUGGUUUUUCAACUGGAUACCCCAGUUCUCAAACACCAACUGACUCAUCAGUGAGUCCUACAGACAAUACUUCACCUGGAUAUUCCAGUAUUGAAACAAAUACUCCAACAUCUUCAAAACCUAGCAGUUCAUCCUCUUCCACCCUUGAAUCUACAAUAACUCCAUCAGGUAAAAUGUAGUUUUUUUCUUUUUUAAUUUAAAUUAUUUUCAUAGAUUUAUUCAAUUCAAUAGUGAUAGGUAAUUUGUAAAGAAAAAACACAUUUUCAAACAGAUUUUUAGUAUAUUACUAAAAUAUGAAAAUAAUUUGAAGAUACAAUAAAUAAUACAAUAUUUAAUAUUUCAGCAAUCCCCACUGUCUGUGCCGAAGCUUAUGAUUGCAGUUGGUCUGAAUGGUAUGAUGUGAGCAAUCCUGAUGAUGGAAGUGGAGAUUUUGAAACAUUUGACAACAUAAGAGCCAAGGGCCAUGACGUUUGUAAAAAUCCCAGAAACGUGAAAUGCAGAGCAACACAAUAUCCUGAUCAGGAUAUAGAAGAUUUAGAAGAAGACAUCACAUGCAGCAAGAAAGAUGGUCUUAUAUGUCUAAAUAGCAAGAACUCACCUAUAUGCCAUAAUUUUGAAAUUAAGAUUGAAUGUUGUAAAUAUAGACAGUGUACAUCCACGGUGGAGCCGACAAGUUCUACAACACCUUCUCCUGGCAUUGAAGUGACCACACCUUCACAUCUUACCACUAAAUCUUUUUCUCCAUCCACAUCUGGAACCUCAUCUACUGAAGUGGGAACCAGGGAACCACAAACAUCAACUUCUGAAACACCUGUCACUACAAAAGCAGUGCCAAGUAGUCCAUCAACUGAGUCAACAUCUGGAGUCACAAGUGCAAUUUCACCAACUUGCGUUUUAAAGAUGAAAUGCCGAUGGACUCCUUGGUAUGAUGAUAAUAAACCAAAUGCAAAAAGUGAUGGUGGAGAAGUUGAAAGUAUUAAUGAUUUAAAAGCCAGAGGAUAUCAGAUUUGCAGACAGCGAGAACUUGAAAACAAAGUAGAAUGCGAAGCAAUAGAUAACAUAGGCUUACCAGUUGCUAACAACGACCAAGUAUUUAACUGUGAUCUUGAAAAUGGAUUGGUUUGCAUGAAUAGAGAUCAAAAGAAAAAAGAAAAAUGUAACAAUUACAGAAUGAGAAUUGAAUGCUGUGAAGAAUAUUGUGAAGGAAUAGAAACAACUGUUACAUCUAUUCCUUCCUCUACUAAAUCAACACCUGCAGUUGGUGAAACUUCAUCACAAGGGACAACAAAAUCACCAUCUCCGGGUUCAAUAGCCCCAAGCACGUCAUCUGAAAUAUAUACCACCCCUUCUGUUGUGACUGAAAGUACAUCUUCUCCAUCAACUGCAUCAUCGGAAACAACUUGUGUACGUAAGAUGGAAUGUCGCUGGACUCCUUGGUAUGAUCUCAACACACCAAAUAAGAAAAGUGAUGGUGGGGAUAGUGAAAGUAUUGAGCAGAUAAAAGAAAAAGGUCUUGUAGUUUGCACAAAUGGAGAAAAUGAAAACAAAAUACAAUGUGAAGCCAUAGAUAAUAAUGGUAUAACAAUUGCUGAUAAUCAACAAAUAAUGACUUGCGUCCUUAAAGGUGGAUUGAAUUGCAGAAACAGAGACCAAAAAAAGAAAGAGAAAUGUUACAAUUACAGGAUAAGAGUUGAAUGUUGUUCUGAGUAUUGUGAAAAAGUAGAGGCACCUACUACAUCUUCACCCUUGACUUCUGGAUCAAAAACUACUGUAGGAACUAUAGGAACUUCUGUGGGUCCAAGCACAACUCCUGCAGGUGUCGUUUCAUCAUCAGAAAAACCUGGAACCUCAACUUCAUCAUCUACACCUACAGAAAAGCCAUCAACAGGUGCUGUAACUGAAUCCAAACAUACACCCACGGAAAAUUGUGAGAAGUUUAGAGCAUCAGAAUGUCGUUGGACCGAUUGGUUUAAUGAACAACAACCUUCAUCAGGAGCGAGUGGCGAAGAUAAUGAGAAUUCAUAUAAGCUGAGGUCAAAAGGAUUAGAGGUAUGUAAGCAAGAGGAAAUUGAAAACCACAUUGAGUGCAGAGCUGAGCAAUAUCCUGAUGUUGCUUACAAAGACAUUAAACAAGUGUUCACAUGUAAUUUGAAGGAAGGAUUAAUCUGUCAGAAUAAGGACCAAGCUGGUGAUGAUAAAAUGUGCCGUGAUUAUGAGAUAAGGUUUGAAUGCUGUUCUAAAAAAUUUGUUGAAUCUUGUGGCAGCAUAAUUUCAUCUUCAACUCCACCCUCAUCUACCGAAGUGACUACGAUUCCUACAACAACUGCAGUAUCUCAAACGUCUUCAUCUGGCGAUGAAACUACUCCACCAUACUCUUCAACUCCUGGAACAUCAACUUCCAAAACUCCUGGAAUUUCAACUGGUGUAACUUCAGAAACAUCUUCAACUUCUGGUCCUGAAACAUCUCCUUCAGGUGUCGUUUCAUCAUCAGAAAAACCUGGAACCUCCAACUCAUCAUCUACACCUACAGAAAAGCCAUCAACAGGUGCUGUAACUGAAUCCAAACAUACACCCACGAAAAUUGUGAGAAGUUUAGAGCAUCAGAAUGUCGUUGGACCGAUUGGUUUAAUGAACAACAACCUUCUUCAGGAGAGAGUGGCGAAGAUAAUGAGAAUUCAGAUAAGCUGAGGUCAAAAGGAUUAGAGGUAUGUAAGCAAGAGGAAAUUGAAAACCAAAUUGAGUGCAGAGCUGAGCAAUAUCCUGAUGUUGCUUACAAAGACAUUAAACAAGUGUUCACAUGUAAUUUGAAAGAAGGAUUAAUCUGUCAGAAUAAGGACCAAGCUGGUGAUGAUAAAAUGUGCCGUGAUUAUGAGAUAAGGUUUGAAUGCUGUUCUAAAAAAUUUGUUGAAUCUUGUGGCAGCAUAAUUUCAUCUUCAACUCCACCCUCAUCUACCGAAGUGACUACGAUUCCUACAACAACUGCUGUAUCUCAAACGUCUUCAUCUGGCGAUGAAACUACUCCACCAUACUCUUCAACUCCUGGAACUUCAACUUCCAAAACUCCUGGAAUUUCAACUGGUACAACUUCAGGUACUUCUGGCUCUGAAACAUCUCCUUCAGGUAGUUACACUUCUCCCUCUGUCAAUGAACCUUCUUCAACUGGGUAUGAGACUUCAACUCCCAAACCUCCUGGUGAAUCUUCACCUUCUGGUUCUGAAACACCUAGUUCUGAGAGUCCUAUUACGUCUGCAACUUCUUCACCAGGGUCUAAAACUUCACCAUCAUCAACUUCAUCUAGUGGACCAUCAACAGAAACUGGUGUCACAUCACCAAAUAUAUACUCUACGGUAACUUGUAUAUAUAAGAUGGAAUGUCGCUGGACCCCCUGGUAUGACAACAAUGCACCCUCAACAAAAAGUGAUGGGGGAGACAAUGAGAGUAUUGAAGACAUACAAUCUGAGGGAGCUGAUAUAUGUUCUAAAGGAGAAAAAGAAAACAAAAUAGAGUGUGAAGCUUUUGAUAAAAAAGGUUCAAUCAUUUAUGAUCAUAAACAAGUAAUGACCUGUGAUAUGGAAAGUGGACUUACUUGCAAGAACAGAGAUCAGAAGAAAAAAGAAAAAUGUUACAACUACAAAAUAAGGUUUGAAUGUUGUGCAGAGUAUUGUGAGCCAGUGCAAACACCUAGCACAUCCCCCUCUAUAACAACUAAAUCAACAACUUCAGUAGGUGAAACUUCACCAUCAGAAAAACCUGGAACCUCAACUUCAUCAUCCACACCUACAGAAAAGCCAUCAACAGGUGCUGUAACUGAAUCCAAACAUACACCCACGGAAAAUUGUGAGAAGUUUAGAGCAUCAGAAUGUCGUUGGACCGAUUGGUUUAAUGAACAACAACCUUCUUCAGGAGUCAGUGGCGAAGAUAAUGAGAAUUCAGAUAAGUUGAGGUCAAAUGGCUUGGAGGUAUGUAAGCAACAGGAAAUUGAAAACCAAAUUGAGUGCAGAGCUGAGCAAUAUCCUGAUGUUGCUUACAAAGACAUUAAACAAGUGUUCACAUGUAAUUUGAAAGAAGGAUUAAUCUGUCAGAAUAAGGACCAAGCUGGUGAUGAUAAAAUGUGCCGUGAUUAUGAGAUAAGGUUUGAAUGCUGUUCUAAAAAAUUUGUUGAAUCUUGUGGCAGCAUAAUUUCAUCUUCAACUCCACCCUCAUCUACCGAAGUGACUAUGAUUCCUACAACAACUGCUGUAUCUCAAAUGUCUUCAUCUGGCGAUGAAACUACUCCACCAUACUCUUCAACUCCUGGAACAUCAACUUCCAAAACUCCUGGAAUUUCAACUGGUGUAACUUCAGAAACAUCUUCAACUUCUGGUCCUGAAACAUCUCCUUCGGGUAGUGAGACUACUCCCUCUGUCAGCAAACCUUCUUCAACUGGCUCUGUAACUGAAACACCAGGCAAAUCCCCAGGAACAUCCCCUUCUCCUGGCCAUGGAACAUCUACUUCUGUAGGUCCCACCACAACUGCUGUAGGUAAAACUUCACCAUCAGAAAAACCUGGAACCUCCACGUCAUCAUCUACACCUACAGAAAAGCCAUCAACAGGUGCUGUAACUGAAUCCAAACAUACACCCACGGAAAAUUGUGAGAAGUUUAGAGCAUCAGAAUGUCGUUGGACCGAUUGGUUUAAUGAACAACAACCUUCUUCAGGAGAGAGUGGCGAAGAUAAUGAGAAUUCAGAUAAGCUGAGGUCAAAAGGAUUAGAGGUAUGUAAGCAAGAGGAAAUUGAAAACCAAAUUGAGUGCAGAGCUGAGCAAUAUCCUGAUGUUGCUUACAAAGACAUUAAACAAGUGUUCACAUGUAAUUUGAAAGAAGGAUUAAUCUGUCAGAAUAAGGACCAAGCUGGUGAUGAUAAAAUGUGCCGUGAUUAUGAGAUAAGGUUUGAAUGCUGUUCUAAAAAAUUUGUUGAAUCUUGUGGCAGCAUAAUUUCAUCUUCAACUCCACCCUCAUCUACCGAAGUGACUACGAUUCCUACAACAACUGCUGUAUCUCAAACGUCUUCAUCUGGCGAUGAAACUACUCCACCAUACUCUUCAACUCCUGGAACUUCAACUUCCAAAACUCCUGGAAUUUCAAGUGGUACAACUUCAGAAACAUCUUCAACUUCUGGUUAUGAAACAUCUCCUUCGGGUAGUGAGACUACUCCCUCUGUCAGCAAACCUUCUUCAACUGGCUCUGUAACUGAAACACCAGGCAAAUCCCCAGGAACAUCCCCUUCUCCUGGCCAUGGAACAUCUGCUUCUGUAGGUCCCACCACAACUGCUGUAGGUAAAACUUCACCAUCAGAAAAACCUGGAACCUCCACGUCAUCAUCUACACCUACAGAAAAGCCAUCAACAGGUGCUGUAACUGAAUCCAAACAUACACCCACAGAAAAUUGUGAGAAGUUUAGAGCAUCAGAAUGUCGUUGGACCGAUUGGUUUAAUGAACAACAACCUUCUUCAGGAGAGAGUGGCGAAGAUAAUGAGAAUUCAGAUAAGCUGAGGUCAAAAGGAUUAGAGGUAUGUAAGCAAGAGGAAAUUGAAAACCAAAUUGAGUGCAGAGCUGAGCAAUAUCCUGAUGUUGCUUACAAAGACAUUAAACAAGUGUUCACAUGUAAUUUGAAAGAAGGAUUAAUCUGUCAGAAUAAGGACCAAGCUGGUGAUGAUAAAAUGUGCCGUGAUUAUGAGAUAAGGUUUGAAUGCUGUUCUAAAAAAUUUGUUGAAUCUUGUGGCAGCAUAAUUUCAUCUUCAACUCCACCCUCAUCUACCGAAGUGACUAUGAUUCCUACAACAACUGCUGUAUCUCAAAUGUCUUCAUCUGGCGAUGAAACUACUCCACCAUACUCUUCAACUCCUGGAACAUCAACUUCCAAAACUCCUGGAAUUUCAACUGGUGUAACUUCAGAAACAUCUUCAACUUCUGGUCCUGAAACAUCUCCUUCGGGUAGUGAGACUACUCCCUCUGUCAGCAAACCUUCUUCAACUGGCUCUGUAACUGAAACACCAGGCAAAUCCCCAGGAACAUCCCCUUCUCCUGGCCAUGGAACAUCUACUUCUGUAGGUCCCACCACAACUGCUGUAGGUAAAACUUCACCAUCAGAAAAACCUGGAACCUCCACGUCAUCAUCUACACCUACAGAAAAGCCAUCAACAGGUGCUGUAACUGAAUCCAAACAUACACCCACGGAAAAUUGUGAGAAGUUUAGAGCAUCAGAAUGUCGUUGGACCGAUUGGUUUAAUGAACAACAACCUUCUUCAGGAGAGAGUGGCGAAGAUAAUGAGAAUUCAGAUAAGCUGAGGUCAAAAGGAUUAGAGGUAUGUAAGCAAGAGGAAAUUGAAAACCAAAUUGAGUGCAGAGCUGAGCAAUAUCCUGAUGUUGCUUACAAAGACAUUAAACAAGUGUUCACAUGUAAUUUGAAGGAAGGAUUAAUCUGUCAGAAUAAGGACCAAGCUGGUGAUGAUAAAAUGUGCCGUGAUUAUGAGAUAAGGUUUGAAUGCUGUUCUAAAAAAUUUGUUGAAUCUUGUGGCAGCAUAAUUUCAUCUUCAACUCCACCCUCAUCUACCGAAGUGACUACGAUUCCUACAACAACUGCUGUAUCUCAAACGUCUUCAUCUGGCGAUGAAACUACUCCACCAUACUCUUCAACUCCUGGAACUUCAACUUCCAAAACUCCUGGAAUUUCAAGUGGUACAACUUCAGAAACAUCUUCAACUUCUGGUUAUGAAACAUCUCCUUCGGGUAGUGAGACUACUCCCUCUGUCAGCAAACCUUCUUCAACUGGCUCUGUAACUGAAACACCAGGCAAAUCCCCAGGAACAUCCCCUUCUCCUGGCCAUGGAACAUCUGCUUCUGUAGGUCCCACCACAACUGCUGUAGGUAAAACUUCACCAUCAGAAAAACCUGGAACCUCCACGUCAUCAUCUACACCUACAGAAAAGCCAUCAACAGGUGCUGUAACUGAAUCCAAACAUACACCCACGAAAAUUGUGAGAAGUUUAGAGCAUCAGAAUGUCGUUGGACCGAUUGGUUUAAUGAACAACAACCUUCUUCAGGAGAGAGUGGCGAAGAUAAUGAGAAUUCAGAUAAGCUGAGGUCAAAAGGAUUAGAGGUAUGUAAGCAAGAGGAAAUUGAAAACCAAAUUGAGUGCAGAGCUGAGCAAUAUCCUGAUGUUGCUUACAAAGACAUUAAACAAGUGUUCACAUGUAAUUUGAAAGAAGGAUUAAUCUGUCAGAAUAAGGACCAAGCUGGUGAUGAUAAAAUGUGCCGUGAUUAUGAGAUAAGGUUUGAAUGCUGUUCUAAAAAAUUUGUUGAAUCUUGUGGCAGCAUAAUUUCAUCUUCAACUCCACCCUCAUCUACCGAAGUGACUAUGAUUCCUACAACAACUGCUGUAUCUCAAACGUCUUCAUCUGGCGAUGAAACUACUCCACCAUACUCUUCAACUCCUGGAACAUCAACUUCCAAAACUCCUGGAAUUUCAACUGGUGUAACUUCAGAAACAUCUUCAACUUCUGGUCCUGAAACAUCUCCUUCGGGUAGUGAGACUACUCCCUCUGUCAGCAAACCUUCUUCAACUGGCUCUGUAACUGAAACACCAGGCGAAUCCCCAGGAACAUCCCCUUCUCCUGGCCAUGGAACAUCUACUUCUGUAGGUCCCACCACAACUGCUGUAGGUAAAACUUCACCAUCAGAAAAACCUGGAACCUCCACGUCAUCAUCUACACCUACAGAAAAGCCAUCAACAGGUGCUGUAACUGAAUCCAAACAUACACCCACCGAAAAUUGUGAGAAGUUUAGAGCAUCAGAAUGUCGUUGGACCGAUUGGUUUAAUGAACAACAACCUUCUUCAGGAGAGAGUGGGGAAGAUAAUGAGAAUUCAGAUAAGCUGAGGUCAAAAGGAUUAGAGGUAUGUAAACAAGAGGAAAUUGAAAACCAAAUUGAGUGCAGAGCUGAGCAAUAUCCUGAUGUUGCUUACAAAGACAUUAAACAAGUGUUCACAUGUAAUUUGAAAGAAGGAUUAAUCUGUCAGAAUAAGGACCAAGCUGGUGAUGAUAAAAUGUGCCGUGAUUAUGAGAUAAGGUUUGAAUGCUGUUCUAAAAAAUUUGUUGAAUCUUGUGGCAGCAUAAUUUCAUCUUCAACUCCACCUUCAUCUACCGAAGUGACUAUGAUUCCUACAACAACUGCUAUAUCUCAAACGUCUUCAUCUGGUGAUGAAACUACUCCACCAUACUCUUCAACUCCUGGAACUUCAACUUCCAAAACUCCAGGUGCAUCUUCAGGAACCUCCUCAACUUCUGGUCCUGAAACCUCUUCUACUGGUAGUCCCACUUCCUCGCCUACGUCAUCCCGAACCACCACUUCUAUUUCCAGUUCUUCAACAAGCACAAUAACAGUGACUUCUACUUCAGGGACAACUUCAUAUCCAACUUCAUUUUCACCUGAUACUUCAUCCUCUACGUCUUCCUCUGGUACUACUGCAAUAUUAUAUACAACAAGCUCACCCUCUCCAAAGAACACAUCUCCAAGUACAUCUUCUGGGCAUCCCUUAACUGACACCAGCACACCGCCAUGCUCAUGCAUUGUUCAAGAAAAGUUCUUCUCUCCAGGUAAGACAUAGUAGGAGAAGUAUUGCUUAGUUUCUUAAAGACCUGCGAUUAGAUCCCAAUGAAACAUUUAUCAGAUCUAUUUUCAUUCCUAAAAUCUGCAACCACCUCAAUUUCGAAUCUAAACUUACAAAUUUUGCACCUCACCUCAUGUGAUAAAACUUCAAUAUGUUAGGGUGAAGCACACACAAAAUUAAUCACCCCUCUUGUUUUACCUUGUCUAUAAGAGAAACAAAAGAUUUCUCAAAAUCUUCAACAAAAUAUGGCGCAAGUUCUAGAGAUAAAGUAUUAACAUUUGUAUAUUUUGUGCACUUUUGCAUAAAAAAAGGAAUAUUUUAUAGAAUGGGGCACCAUGAGCUUGCAUCCUCCCAUCAGAAAAAUACUUCCAUACUAAACGUAUGUUCACAGCUCAGCUCAAUGAUCAAAACUACAAAGCAGUUUGCAAUAGAAUUUGAGGACCCACAGGGAAACAUAUAUUAAGAAUAUCACUACCUGCCAUUUACUAUCUGCAGACAGGUUGUGAAUUAAAAACAGAUCACCCAAUGCAAUUAGUGGCUGAUCUGUGUGCAUCUACUGAUAGGGAAGUCUUUCAGACAAGAGGGGAGUAGCUAAGCUGAAAACCUACUGGCCCAGCAUUCUGCAAAAAAAAAAUCAUUUUUUGCAUGCAAAAUUUAUGAGGAUUUGAACACGCAAAAAAUACAGUAAGCCAAAAUAAAAAAUUCAUUAAGGUAGCAUCAGUUUCCAGAGUUUCACUUUAAUUAGAUGUGAGUGGCUGUGCAUGCAACCAUCCACUUCCAUGUGACACACAAGGCAUUCCACAACUCCUGACACAUGUCAUCUGGGGUGUGCUUGUAUUUAUUUCUCUUGACUAUAUUUCAAAUUUUUUACUUAGUUACCUAUAGACACUCAAAGAAGAAUAACUUUGUAUUAACUAAUUUGCUGUUUUGCUUGUACUAUACAUCCCUGUCCCAUAAAUUGGUCCUCUGCCAUGUUUGUCUUGAAAAUAAUAAUAAAGUUUAUAGGCUGUACUAUUCCAUUUAUUGCUUUCUAAAGCAUACAUAAGUAGUGUUUGUUACUUAAAAUUAAGCCAUUCUUUAUAAUGGCCCAUUGAAGAAUUAAGAUCCCAUAAGACUAAGCAUUUUACUGGUUUGCCCCUGCUAUCCCCUCCUUUCAUUCUUUAUAUAGGGAUGGUAAAAGGGGCCAAGCCAAUGUAUGGUUCCAGGGUCUUUGUCUACCACCCAGCAGUCCAGGGUAACCUUAUGGUUUCUGCUCUCCAAUGGCCUUGUGUGAACUGUGCUAUUCCUUGAGUGCUGAACACAAGCCUGGAAUUAUCCAAAUUCAUCAUUAAACACAAGUGGAUCAUCUUAAACACAAAUAUAUGAUUUUUAAGCAGGAAUUUUCCAAAAAUGAAUGUCUUUGUUAAUUGCUUGUAACAUCACACCAAAAAUAUGCACUCUCUACCCUCGGAGUGAUUGUCGGCUUGGAAAGCAGCAAGGAAGUGAUAAAAUAAUAAGCAGAUUUUCAGGUCUACCAUUUUAUACUUCUUUCCAGUUAUAUUUAUUGUUGUUCAAAGUGGAUUGGGAGAAUGUAAAUGUUCAGACGCACUAGGAAGAUUUUAAUUUAAAAGGCUUUCAGUAGGCUGGUGGAUGACAACAAUUAUGCAAAAUGGUGUGAUUAAAGAGCCAGUGUUCCUGUAUAAAAAGCUGUGAACCUAAUGUUAGGGGCAUGGAAAAAUAGUGCAAUAAUGUAGUGGGGUAGUGUCCCCAUGUACAAUAACAAAAUAAUCAUUUGCAACAGUAUCGUACUGAAAACAAGUAAGAACAAUGCAAAUGUUACAUUAACAAUUUAUUUUCUAAAUAGUAAAGAAUGGCAUCCAUCCUACCAUCCAGGCAAAUAGUAGUAUAUUUUAUAAUACUUUAUUUAAAUAAUAUAUUAAAAUAAAAAAACUAUAAUAAAUGUUCCCAUCGGGUAGGUUUCAUUGAGUAUCAAAUAAAACAAUUUAUUUGUUUUCAUAUUGCUUUUCUCAAUUUUGCUUCUGUUAAAUUUAAGAUGAUCUUGGUAAAUUUAGAAUUAUUAUUCAUAUAUUCCAGGUGAUAUAAUCUAUGCCCAAGCAGAUAAGGAUGGCUGUGAAUAUCGUGCAAUAUGCAGCAAGACAUGCACAGUAGAAUACCAAAAAGGGCCAUGUUCCACAACAGGAGACACACCUGUCACCAUUACAUCAGGAGAGGCUACGCAUGUAAUGAGCGUUACUUCCAAAUAUUCAACUUUGAUCCGUCCAACCAAACGACCUCGACCUUCUGGUUCACCAGGCACAUCAAGUACAGAAUAUUCAACAGAAGUUAGUACAGAGAGUCCCGUUAUCUCAUAUCCCACUGGCUCACCCCCUGUAUCGGAAAAAUGUAAGUGACCUUUAUGGAUAAAAUAUAUGCAUAUUUAUAUAUUGAUUUCUACUUUCAAAAUGAAACAUUUAGAUUUUUAGUUUUACCUAAAUAAUUCAUUUAAAAUAUUUUCACAUAAAAAUUAAAUACUUUUUUGGUAAUUAGAAUUAGUAGAAUGAUACCGAUCAUCUUCCAGUGAACACAUAAGAAAACAAAUGCAUAAAAUAUACUAUAGUAAAAAUGUUUCAUUUUACUUUAAACACAUUUAUAGAAAUUAAAUCUAGUCAUGGACAUUGAUUUCCUUAUUUCAAGAGUUAGUGGAUAGUACUUUUAUUGUAUAGUUUAUAAAAAUAAUACGUAACAUGGACCUUUCAAUUAUAUAUUUGCUUUUUUUUUUAAUUAAAGAGCAUUAAUUCUCAAGCUACCAACUGUCAAGCAGUAUAGUAUAUUUUAGAUGCAGGAUGGCACAUAAUUCCAAUGUCAGACUUAGCAGAUUUGUGGAGGAGCUCCUCUGAGAUGCGACUAGCAUCCAUGAUAGUCAGGCCCUGCCUCCUUUUAAAAAAUGUUUUAAACAUAAUCUGCAACAAAACUUUGAUGGUAAUUACUUGUUAUCUUACACACCCUAAACUAAUUUCCCACAUAAACCCAUUAGUAUGCAUCCACCAUUAAAUAAUUAGGAGACGUUCUUACUUUUUCUUAAAGGAACACUCCAAGAACCAUAAACAUUACAGCAUGUGUAGUGGUUAUGGUAUCAGGAGUGCCUUGGUGUCCAGCCCCAAAGUAAGUAAUCAAACAAUCUCCUCACCUCAGUGAUGUGGGGCUUAGUUCAUUGGUGGACAGCAAUCAGUUAACAAACUGGUCCUUCAUGACAGGUAGGGUUGAUCUCAGUCGAGCCCCCAUACUGGAAGGGACCUGUUCAUUGUGGACCCCUGGUAAGAAAUAAAGCCAUUCACAGAUUGUUUGACUAGUUACAUAAGGUAAUGGGGAGAGAGGGGGCCCCAGGGCACACCUGGCACCAUAACCACGACAGAGUUCUGUAGUGGUUUUUGUGCUUUGAGUGUUUUUUAAAAUGCUCUUGUUUUUGGAGAAAAAUAUCUCUUAUGAACAUAAUCAGCAAUAAAAUUCCUAAGCAUGGAAUUAUAGGUUACAGGUUUGACAGCAUCGAUGAAAAACCCUCACUUGGAAAUCAUAACCCUUAAUGCUGUACAUACAGAAAUAUGAUGAAACAGCUCUAAUGUAAUGAGAAAUAGGCCAGUGUGAGGGAAACACAACCAUCCACUGUCUGAAACACAUUUUUUCCUGAAACCAGACGUUUGUAACUCUUGUUCAAUAAGCACUCAACUGUGUUUAAAUUCAGUAUAUAUGCAAUGUUCUAUUGUUUUUUUUUUAGUGUGUGGACCCUGUGAAUGCAUAAUGCCAAAAUGUGAAACUGGAUAUCGUGUGGUGUCUUUCACACCACCUGGUGCAUGCUGUGCAAACAUCACAUGUGGUAAGUACAUGUUUCUGAUAACUACCACUGUUGAUUGACUGUGCUGAACAGGAGGGUCAUUGAUUCAAAACAACUACUGCUAUGAUGUCUUUUUGAUGUUGCUUAACACAUCUUAAUACUGUGUUUAUCAUAAACUAUCCCUCACUUACAUUUCUUAAAACUACAGCACUGCAUUUUCUGCAAACCAAGACAAAACAAUCUGAUAUAUUUUGCAAUUAAGUGGUGUUACAAUUCUAUAAUAAUUAUUAUCAUGUAAGUAACUAAGUGAAUAUUUUUCUAGUAUUGCAUAUUAUGUUGGUUAUAACUGCAUAACCCCUUAAAAGAAUAACUACAACUUAACUUUGAAUUGGUUAUCGUGCCUGGAGUCCCCACAGACUGUCCCCCAUUCAGUGAUAAACCACUUUAGAGCAGUUUAACAUUAAGUAAGGGUCUAUGGCCACCCAAAGCCUGGCUCCUUCAGGAGGUGUGGCUAAGGCAGAGAUUACACACUUCCUUGUAGUCAUACCCUUUCUACCAUCAGUUGGAGCUCUGAUAGGUUUAAAGCAGUCAGCUCACAUGCUCAACCAAUCACAACUGCCCAUUUCUGCUCAGGCUAAUACUUUCUCAUUAGCCAAAGCAGCACAGAGAGGAUGGGCUGCUGGGGACUCACAUUUAGCAUUAAAACAUAAACAAAUUGUUUCAUGCUGAAAUAAAUGACAGUACCUGGGGACUCCAGACACUAUAACCAGUUUAAUGAGACACAGUGCCUAUAGUGUCACUUUAAGGACACAUGAUGGAAUUUUUCCAUCAUACUGGCCUUUUACUUCUGAAGCUGUGUCCUUACGGGGAUAACAUAUGCCCAAUUACUGCAGGUUGAGGAAUUUUUCAAAAUUAGCUUUUUUGGCCUACAUUUUGGUAGUGGUUUUCAGUUCAUUACAUUUGACCGUUCUGUUUUUCAUAACCAGUGCGUAAACCUUACACUAUAAAAUGAUAUGUAUGAAAACAAAAAUAUUAGUGCAAUCCCUUUUGAGUGUCAAUAUUAAGCAGAUUUAAAGAUUUGGUUAUGCACAUUAUUAUUAUUAUUAUUAUUGUCAUUUAUAUAGUGCCAACAGAUUCCGUAGCGCUUCACAAAAUUAUACAAGUGGGGAUUUAACCAUAAAUAGGACAAUUACAAGAAACCUUACAGGAACGAUAGGUAGUUGAGGAUCCUGCUCAAACGAGCUUAUAGUCUAUAGAAGGUGGGGUGUAAAACACAAUAGGACCGGAAAUAGCAAUCAAAUAAGGUGGGAGUGAAUCAGAGCUGGAGGAGAGAGUAAAGUGCUGCCCUUUAGGAGAGAGCAAUAGACAGGCAUAUGAGGUAGAGCUUUCUCUGGGAGGCCAUAAGCUUUCCUAAAGAGAUGGGUUUUAAGGCACUUCUUAAAUGAUUGAAGACUAGGGGAGAGUCUGAUGGCAGAAGGCAGGCUAUUCCAUAGGAAGUCCUGCAAGUGUGAGUUGGCCAUAUGGGUGCGAGCAACGGACAGGAGAAGGUCACGGGCAGACCGAGAAGGGGCAUACCUAUGGAUCUGUGAAGAGAUAUGAGGGACUAGAAUUUGUUAAUGCUUUAUAGGUAUGGGCUAGACCUUUAAAUUGACUCCUAUAGGAUAAAGGAAGCCAAUGUAAGGACUGACAGAGGGGUGAGGUGUGAGAGGACCAACUAGAGAGGAAAAUCAGUCUGGCAGCAGCAUUGAUUACAGACUGUAGUGGGGCAAUACGUUUUUCGGAAAGACCAGUUAGGAGAGGGUUACAAUAAUCCAUGCAGGAAAUUACUAGAGCAUGGACAAGCUCCUUAGUAGCAUCUUGCGUAAGAAAGGGGUGGAUGUGGGCUAUGUUUUUUUUUUAAUUCUUUAUUUAUAGAGUGCAAGAAAUAACAUAGUGUUCAGUAAGCCACAACAGCCUCUGUACACAGAGUGAUAACAAGUCAUAUAAAACAGAGUUAUGGCAUUUGUAUAUAUCGCACAUUUUUUAGAUUUUAUAGUAUGCUUAACUUGCAAGCUAAAUAGUAAAUGGCUGGAGCUACUGUUAAGGGAAAGUGGCUGAGCUUUGUGUAUACAUAGGCAUGUUGCUAAUCAUUUUAAAGUAAUACAGUAAAUAAAGCAUGAGGGAAUGCAUAUAGCUAACAGCUAAUAAAGACUUGCUGCAAUUGUGCCACUAGGUCCCAGUCGCAAGCUUCUUGGUUAGAAGUAGCUCCGUUUUGCCCAAAGAACAUAAUAAUAAAACAUAAGCAGAGACAUAAUAAUAGAAAGGACACAAGAACAAAAACAAAAUACCCCUGGUUGAGAAUAAGCUGGGGCACAUAUAUGGCCUGAGUCCUUGUGGCUGACAGGUAGCAGUGUGCUGUUAGUUCAGCCUAUGCCCGAUAAGUAAUGUCCAGACUGCCAAGAAGAGUGUGAGCUCCCUUUCACCGUCUUAUAUAUCUGUCGUCGGUGUUGUGUCUUGUAUAUGCGUGCGCUGUGUAGCUGUGGUGUACCUGGUCCGGGCUGUAAUCUGGAGCCGUCGUUGUCUGGGUGUGAGACGGGUGUCUUUGUCUUUCUGCCUCUUAGAUCUGUCCGGACGGUGUUGGCGAUGCGGUGGGCAGUUGAUGUCUGCAGGCUUUCAUUCCGGUUGUGGAGCUUUGUUUGUUGUGGGCCGCGAUGACCCUGUCGGGUGGAGGGUGGUCCACACGAGCCUCCCACAGGAGUCUUUGGCGCCUUUGCUCCAUUAUUGUGUGUUGUCUUGGGGCGGUCCAUGUCCGUCCGUCGCUUCCACCACCGGGCCACAGUACCUUGCACCCGCUCUUUCAGUGGCAACGCUUUGCUUGGAUGCUUUUCAUGCUUGCGGGGGGGUGUGUGGCGGCGUGCUGCCGUUGUGGCUGGUUUCUGUACCGGUUGCGAGCUUCUCUCCCGCAUUCGUUCCCAGAAUCUCAGGCAAACAGCAUCGAAUUUCGCAUUGAAGGCUGCUGCCCAUUCUUCAUUAGUCUGCUGCAUCAGUUUAGCGGCUGCACAGUCGGCCAUAUUAGCUGGGCCUUGUGGGUUUGCCUGAACGGCGUUGUGUCGUGAUGUGUCCCAGAGGUGGGUGCUCUUAGGGCGCUGGUGGACCGGGAUGACCCCCACCGGUCCAGAGGGGGGGGACAGGUGCCCUUCUUCACUAGGGGCUUCUUUCGUGGGGGGGGAGAGCGGCCGUCUCUCCUGCUCCCGCCUUUCGAGUAGGCCUCAGUUACUUGUUCUGCAAAUAUUGCUCAGUUCGUCGCUUGAUGGGUAUCUUUGUGCUCAGAUAUUUGUCCCCUUUCAAUUGCUGGCUUUGUUGGGCCGGUUGGUCGCCGUUUGGGUCGUGUAAAGCGGCUUUUCAUGCGGGCUAUAGCAGGAGCCCUUGAGGAUGUCGACCGCUCGGCUUUGCAGUCAGGCCCCGCCCCCGUGGGCUAUGUUUUUAAGAUGGAAUCUACAGGACUUGGUAACAUGCUGGAUGUGACGCUCAAAUGUGAGGCCAGAAUCAAGUAUGACACCAAGACAGCGCACUUGCAAGGUUGGACUGAUGUUGAUACCACUAAUCUGAAGGGAGAGCAAAAGAGGAGGAUCAGUAUUAGGAAGAGGAAAAACAAGGAGCUCCGUUUUAGAGAGAUUUAGUUUCAGAAAGCGGGAGGACAUCCAGUCAGAGAUGAAUGAAAGGCAAGCAGUGACACGUUGCAGGACAGCAGGACAGAGGUCCAGGGAGGAGAGAUAUUGCUGGGAUUGUGGGAGCAUGAACUAAUGAGAGAGGAAAAGUAAUUCUGUUUGGCGAGUGCAAGGGCUGCGCUGCAUGAGCCUAAUAUAAAUCUAUAAUGUAGAAAGUCUGACUGGGUGCGAGACUUCCUCCAGGAGCGUUCAGCACAAUGGGAGCAUCUUUGCAGGUAGCAUGUUUAUUUAGUGUGCCAUGUUGGGUGUCCUCCUCGAGGUGCAUGUUUGGAGUGGGACUGCAGUGUUCAAAGCAGAGGUGAGGGUAGUGUUAUAUAUGGAGAUGGCCAGUGAGGGACAGGAGAGGGAAGGGAUGGAUAGGAGUUGUGAAUCAAUAUCAGCUGACUGCUGCUGCAGUGAGGCGAGAGUAGAAUCCCUACACCACCACCUUUACAUUCAAAGUGCCACCAAAAGAUAAAGAUGCAGGGGUAGCAGUGUCCGAGAGGGAGAGGCAUGUUUCUGUUAAGGCUAGUAAAUCUAGGGAAUGAGAGAUGAAGAGGUCGUGGACAGCAGUGGAUUUUGUAAUAUUGCAAACAGAGCAUGCAUUUCAGAGGGCAGUAUUGAAGGAGGAUUUAGAGGAAGAGUAACAGGAAAGGGGUAUGAGAUUGGUGAGGUUCCUUGAGUUAGUGCGUGGUGAGUUUGCUGAGGGGGGACACGGGGUUUUGAGAGCCAUCACCAGCUUCUAGGAGCAGAAGGAUAGAAAGGAAGUGAAGGUGGGAGUGGGUUUUGUAAGAGGGUAUGUAUAUAUAGAGGGUAUGUAUAUAGAAGAUUUAGGAGGAGUUGGUGGAGAUAGGCUGGAAAGGUAUAGAUAGAGAGUGGAGGGGAGUAAAGUGGGGUCAAUGAAGAUAGUGUCACCAGGGACAGGUGAGCAGAAGGAUAGGGAUAUUUUGGUACUGAGAGACGUUAGAGUGAAAGCGAAAAAUAGAAGGGAGAACAUUAUUUAGAGAAAAUGUGUUUUGUUGUAUAGAUAUGAAAAUUAUAUAUAUAUAUAUAUAUAUAUAUAUAUAUACACACACACAUAUACCUAUGAGUGUUUAAAUCAUGGUUAAGAAUGCAGUUUGUUAACAGAAGGAUUUCAGGUGAGGAGAGGUUUAGUGAAUUGAUUGGUGUGUUUUAAUUAAUUCAUUAAUUUAACCGCUGCAUUUUACAUUUGAAUAUUUAUCCAGAUUUGCUCUCUUUCAGGCACACAUUAUGUUUAAUGUGCCUCUAGGUCAUUGGAUGAUUAGGGAUAAAGACUACUGGAGCUGGGAACAUAGUUUCUAAUUUAUCUGAAUUUUAAUAAUAUUGUUUAUUUUUUUCUAUAAAUAAUAUAAUGAUAAUCCCUAAUGUGUUGACUGAGAAAAGUCAAUAGAAAUGAUCCCCAAUAAAAAAGAGCUCCCCAAAAACUCUAUCAACAAAACAUUUCAAAAACAUUUUUAGGAUAUGAAGUAUAUAAUUUAGCAGAGACUUUCCACGUGAAAACUGCCCUAGUAAAAUAAUUUUUUUUUUUUUUUAAAGCUGUAAAAUAAUCAUGUAUAAAAUUGUGGUAAGACUAAGCAUUGAAUAAUUAAUCUACUUAAAGCAGGUAAAUAACCUAUUGAUCAUUCAUUAACAGAACCUGAUUCCGUAUGUGUGGCAGGAAAUACGAUAUACCAGGUAAACACAUUAUUCAUUAAACUAUUUCUGCAUUGUGGCGAUGCACUGGACCUGGAAAAUGAUUUUGCUAAUUAUUGUGUCUAACACUAUUGUGAUUUAAUAUAAAAAAAAAAUUAAAAAAAUUAUGACUGUAGAAUAUUUUAUUUUUAGGGAAUUCUACUAAAGCCAGUGAAUGCUGAUUUCAUUAUAUUUUUAUGUUACACAGCAGACUAUACAUAUAUACAUAUAAAUCAUUAUCAAGUAUUAUUAUUUGACUUUUUUUAACAAUCAUUUUUUUUUCUUUUAACUACUAAAUCUGGCAAAUGCUUACAUUCACACAUAAUUCCUAAUUGUUUUGCCCUCUAUCUAGCGUGGAUCCACAAUCCCGCAAGAAAAGGAUGUAUGCCAAAAGUGUGAAUGUUCUGAAGAAGACAAAGAUGAGAAAUCAGGGCUCUAUGCUGUAAAAUGUGAACCAAUUGUGUGUAAGGAAACCUGUGAUGAGGUAUGUACUUCUUUAUGAGUGGAGCCAUUUUGGUUUUUAACUUCAAACUAUUUUUUUUAAAAUGUAAGGAAUUUCAAUUAACUAAAUCAAAGUGUUGCCAAUGUUCUGUAUAUAUAUAUAUAUAUAUAUAUAUAUACUACAACAACAAUAAAUGUAAUAACAAUUAUAUACAGUUAUUUACAAGAAAACAUGUAGUCUGUACUAACGAUGAAUUUUUAGAUUGAUACAUUGGGUAAUAAGAAAACAAAUAAUGUUGACUGAGUGUGGGCCAUAUAGUGGGGAUGGAGAUUCAAUAUCCUUUAGAGUAGAGUGCCUGUUAGUGGCGAGACAAUGAGCCCAACCUCAGCUGACUCAGAUUUUAUUUAUUAUUUUUAUAAGUUGUUUUUAAUGCGCAUACAUGUUUUCAGGUUUAGCCCUCAUGUAAUGAUCACAUAAGGGGCAAGACGCGACACAUGUAGGCUAGGUUUGGCAUGAUGGAUACCUAUAUUUACAUUUUGACUUUAUAAUUUAGACACCUGCAAAGUAGACGACUUCAUAGGGGUUGGGGGGAUGGGACUCUGUUCAGAAAUUAAUGUGUACUGCUGUCCAGCAAAUGGCAUAGUUACUCUAGAGCACACACUGUUAUUAUAUCUUCUCUCACCUCACCCAUUUUGACUCUGGAAUUGCCUGUUUUUUGUUUUGUGGUUGAUAACUUAUAACUAUUAAUCAUGUUUAUUUUUUAUAAUUUAUAAAACAAAAUGGUGCUGUAUUAGAUAUGCAUAUCUAAGUCCUGAAAGCUGAUAACUUCACCCAGCACUGUCUACAUUCCUCUCUGAUCCUGAUGCUUAUUGGCAUAUUAUUUCUGGAAUCUUUAUACCAACGUUACCUAUUUUUCUAUUUUUUCUAUCACUGCCCUACAAAAAAAGAGAAUAUAUUUUAAAAAAAACAACAUAAUUUUUUUUAAAACUUACAUAUAAAAAGCUCACUGAUUUGUCAUAAAACAAAUAAAUAAAAAAAAUAAACAAAUAAAAUAAAUUUAUGGUAUAGCAUCUAAAGAAAGUUACAAAAAUCAAGGAUAAUUGAAAUAUAUUUUUUCAAUUUCCAGAUAGAUUGCAGUUUAUAUAUUUUUUUGUUGACUGCAUACUUCCCUCUUCAAAAGAUAAGGAUUUACACUGGUUUUAGAUGUCUGAAUUUGUUCAGAAAUAUUAGGCUGUGAAUGGUGGGAAGGAAUCUUGGUCCCACCUUGGAUGGCCCCUCUCCCAUUCAAAUUGCAACAGAUAUAUAUGAGUAAUGAGGAAGUGAAACUUUUACAUUAUCUCCACUGUAGCAGAAGGAUCAGGCUUUGAAUAUGAGGAGAUCUAUAGUUGUUAUUUUUUUAUCAACCUGCUUGGAUUUUGUUUUUGACAAAUAAUGGAAGGAAUGCUCUGAAAGACUUGGUGUAAUGCUUAUGGUGUUUAGAGUGCUAUGUAAAAGCUUCCCCAACAACUUGCUUUGCAAGAGUAUGGUAGCUCACUUCCAUUUUACUUGGGUUUUUUGUUAGAGAGAAAUAAUCAACAUCCCCAUGCGCCAUAUUCAUGUGUUUUGUUUUUUUACUGCUGAGGAUUUAGUGUGUACAGGCUAAUAACAAGUAAACAUCUUGAAGUCAUAUAAUAAUUUUUUGUUCUACUCUUUUCUUGUUUUCAGGGCUUUGCUUACAUUGUGAAGGAAGGACAAUGCUGUGGUGACUGUGUGCCAAAACAAUGCACAGUCAAGGGAGAGAAUGAUGAACAAGUUGUUUUUAAGGUAAACACAAAGGCUUGAUAUUAGAGAUGUCGCGAACCGUCCGCGAACUUCUUGCGAACGGUUCGCCACGGUUCGCCACGAACCGUUCGCGGCGAACUCUGGUCAGCUGACACAUCCUGGCCAAUCUCAAGCAGACCCUCCCUCCCAGACCCUCCUACUUCCUGGACAGUAUCCAUGUUGAAGGCAGCUUCAACAUGGAUGCUGUCCAGGAAGUAGGAGGGUCUGGGAGGGAGGGUCUGCUGGUGAUUGGCCGGGAUGUGUCAGCUGACCAGAGUUCGCCGCGAGAAGUUCGCGGACGGUUCGCGACAUCUCUACUUGAUAUACCUUAUCAAUAAAUAAUUACCAAGUGAUACCGCACUCAAAAGCAAAAGUAUAUCUGAAUAUGUCCCAAGGACAUCUGUGUUCCACCUUGCACUUUAACAGUGGUGAGCAAACCAAUUUAUUGUGCUAUCUAUAUGUAUACAUUGUGUUUCUUUACAUAAAUAGAUGAGAACUAUGUUUAAUUCUAUUAAGUUGUGUCAAUAAAUUUAUAUUCAGAUAUACUUUUGCUUUUGAGUGUCGUAUCACUUGGACAUUUUCUAUUAUGUGAUUUAGGGUUUUUAGAGUUGACCCAGAUACCUGCACCUUCUGUUUUGAUAGAGUGCAAGUACUAUUUGGAUUUUUUCAUACCUUAUAUAUGUUAGAGAGGACCAUAUAGGGGAAUUCAUUUGGAUAUGAUAAUUCUGUUCUUGGUACUCCAUAUACACUCAAAGAUAAAUGUGCAAUUUGGGUUUCAUACUUCUUAGGUAGAUAAAACAAGCGCUAUUAGCAGGCUAAUAAAACAUAUAUGCCAACUGAGGACACACCAGGACAAAACUUUAAAACUAGCUAAAACUGAAUAUAUUCUUCCUGGUUAAAUAAUUUUAUGUUAUCAUUACUAUUAAUAUUUGGUGUGAUCAAAGUGAAGUCUUUCUCCUUGGCAUACUUAUUUGUUUAUUUACGCAUAUUAUUUAUAAUAUUCCUAAACUUGUCGAAAAUAAAUAACUCAGAUAUGUGUCAUGUGAUAAUAUGAUGGCUUUAAGCAAUGUCCCCAUCUUCAGAUUCAAUAAUUCUGCUCAUUUAUAGGUUGGGGAAACCCAUCGCCCUGAAGGCAGCACAUGCGAUUACUAUGAAUGCGAUGAAGAAGAUGGUAAACCAAUCCUGACCAAAGUGAAAAAGAUCUGCCAGGAAUUAGAUGUAUCUAAAUGUGAAAAGGUAAUUAAAAAUGUUAUCUAAUUCAAAUUCUAUACCUGAGCUAUAUGGAUCUAUCUUAUACAGGAAUUAAUUCUUAGAUGAUUAUAAUUGCUGAAGCACCAAAAGAUGUUUCAUUCUACUUUCAACCUUUAUUUGCAUGUAAUGCACUGUGAUGUAAUUACACAAUCAGUAAAAUGAAUGUUUUGUUUAACACUGAAAGAAAAACCGAAACUACACAUUUCUCAUAACUCAUAAAAACGUGUUGCCAUUGGCAGUAGAAGAUGUUCACAAGAGCUAUUUUUAGUGUCCAUUGACACUAAAAACAGUUACGCUCUCAAUGUUAAUUUGUGGCUUUGUGGAUCUGAAAAUUACAGUGGGCUUAAUUACAAGAUUUAAUUUAGUUUUUUUUCUGAAUUCUGUCUGUAGCUAGAGUUUACAGCCAAAUAUAAAAUAAUCUCCAUACAUUUAUAAACUAAAGAAUUUCAAGCAUAAAAAUAAAUCUUCACAAGUAGGAUGUGGCACAGAGGCAUCCACUGGGAGAACUAUAGGGCAUAAAACACAAAUAAUCCAUCUUUUGGAUUACGGAGUACAGAGAGCCCAUAUGUAAUAAGUCUAGGGCACAUUUGAACCUCUCCAUUUGUAAAUCAGAGCGGGCAGUGCCAGAGCUACCUAUGUCACUUUAGGAGUUACAAACAGAGCUUGUUAUGAUAAUCAGCCAAACCUGGAAAAAGUUCCUAAAUAGUCCACAUUGUUUAGUAUUUGACGGAGAAUAUGUUAAUGAUCGGAUGGUGGUGUUUAUUUUUUUUUUUUUUUUACAGGCUACAAUCAAAUAUGAUGAAGAUGGUUGCUGUCAGACAUGUACUCUGAAGACAGGUAACACAUAUUUGAGCAGUGCAUGCAUAAAAUAAAGUUACAUCCUAACAUGUUCAAUAUAUAACUUAUUAUGUAAUUUUAUGACUAUGACUAUUUUAAGGUAUGUACAACAAUAUUAACAUUAGGAGUACGUGAUCAAUAUUUACUUUUGGAUCAGUUUAUAUAUUUGCGUGCACAAAGUCGUUUAAAAGUAGCUUGCAAAUAAACCACUAUUUUCAUUUUCAGAAGUCAUAGUGGAAGAAAAACCUGUGGCAGGUGGAGACUGUAGUUCUCGCAAGAACUUGACUGUUCUAAAGGAAGGUGACUGUGAAAUUGAGCUGGAGCUCACCUACUGUGGAGGACCUUGCAUGGGAUCAUCUAUGUAAGUCACUUUCUUGAAAACUAUGUAGAUUAGAUUAUUGAUUAUAUCAACAUGUACCCCUGGAAAGUUUUAUAACUCUUGUUUAUGUCAAAUGAACCACAAAAGUGAAAAUUACCUAUUUAAGGCCAGAGACCAUUAUUUCCAUAACUGUGGACAGCCUAGUCAAUAUUUACAUUUGUGAAGUGUGCUUUUAUUUAAAAAUUAUUUGCUUCAGUGUUUCAGUGAAAGCACUACUCUUAGAUUCCUAAACCUUCAGAAUGUGUGAUUUAUUCCAUGUACUAUGGAUCCUCUCACCAAGUAUCACCGUUAAUGGAUAGAUUGAGUCAGUGCUGUUGUAUUUUUUCUGAUUGCAUAGCGUUCUAACCACUAGAACUCAAUGUAAUGGGUCUGGUGCAAAGAGGCUGUUCUGUAGGCUGACAAUUGUAAACACUGCCUUUGUGAGGAAAGACUACCUCUAGUGGCUGUCACUCAGAUAGCCACUAUAGGCCUUUUCUAGUGCAGUCCUGAAAUCUUUGCUCAUGUUUAGCAUUUUCAUGCUCUGCGUGAAGACACCACACGCUCUCCAUAGAGAUAAAUUGAUCUAAUGAAUCUCUAUAAUGCCAUGCAUGUGCAUUAGCUCUCCAAUGCUUCUCUGGUCAGAAGUUUUGGAUUGUCUGAAUUCAUCUGUAAUGAUGAUCUCAGCUAGGGUAGGAGCUGUGACUGCGGCAAGAGCUGACAUGCUUGGGGACUAACUGUAAGUAAAACUGCUUUAUUUUACUUAAGAGUGGCCCUGAAUCUUAUAGAGAGGAAGCACUCUAAUGUUGUGUUUACAUGUUUGUACUCCUAAUGUUAGCAUGUACCUUUAAUUUUGGACGGGACUCAUACCCAAUAUACAUCAAUUUCAUUGGAAUGUUACUAAUUAUCUACAUUUAAUUUAGAAAGCUUUAGAUGUAAUUAUUUAUGAAACCAAGGGUGCUUUACAAAUAUUAUUGAUUUUGCACUGAUGAUGGGUUACAGACAGUGCACUAUACAAUUAGAUAUAUAAGUAUGAAAGAAACAGAAAGACUAUGUCCUUUGGGCUUGUAAUCAUACAACAAUUCUCACAUUCCUUCAAACUUUGCAAUUGUUCGUAAAUAAUGUUAGGACACAAACUAUGGCAUUGGCUACUUAACUGCAUGACCAUUUUUGAGAUCACUUAGGGGGUUUACAUACCUCUCAUGCGUCAUACUUUUCCCAUUUUGUUUGCCACACUAACAUCACUAAUUGCAAGUCUUUAUUUUUAAACACAUUAUUUAUUUUGUUAUUUAUAUUUGUGCUUUGUUACUCAAUCCCACUUCCCUAACCCCCCCCCAAAAAAACCAACAAAAUAAAAAGUGUUUUUUCUUUUGUUUUUUGUUUUGCAUGGUCAGAAAUCCUGCAGUAAAAGCAGUAAUAUUUUAAAAUUAAUUUUCUUUUUUCUUUUUCAAGGUAUACCAUGGAAGCUCAAGAUAUAGAUCAUCAAUGCACCUGUUGUACAGAACAAGAGGUGGUAGAAAGGCAGGUUGAACUCUUGUGUGCAAACGGUCAACGAAGGAGCUACACCUAUAAAGACGUGGUGAAAUGUGGCUGUGCUGGGGCAAUUUGUACACCCAUCUCUGAAUCUUCAGAGCUAGCACAAAACCAAUAUCAAACUCCAUCGUAA